GGCGGAGAUCAUUAGAAUAAACAAUCUCAGCUAGUUGCAUGCUUUCCAAUUGGAAAGCAUUGGAUUGGCUGAGAGCGUCAAUUCCAAUGAUCCCAUUGUACAGUGCUACGGAAUUUUGCUGGCACUAUAUAAAUAAAAAAAUUAUAAUGUCAGCCGAGGAGGCGGAGCUAGCGCCAGCAGACCUCCACGAUGCUGGAUUAAAGGUGAGUUUUUAUCAUAUUUCAGGGGGGCGAAGGGGUGGCAACCAUCUAACUAGUGUUUUUAACACUAUAGGGUCAGGAAUAAUGUUUGUAUUCCUGACCCUAUAUAUAGUGUUUCUUUCAACUUUUUUUUUUUAAAACAUUUUUUUUUUAUUGUCUCUACUUCAGCCAUAUUUCUGCUAAUAUCAGAAACUUGUUUACCAGGUAUGUGAAAUAAAUUACUGUACUUAUGUAUGUCUUUUACAGGUUUUGUACACUAGUCUUCAGAACGUUAAACUAUGAGUGAAACUUGGGCCAGCAAAGUGAAGCAAACUACCUCAAGAAUUCCUCACAGUGGUUCAGUCAUCAGCAAUCAGGCACAACUAUUGCGGGAUCACAGAAAGGUAAAUGAAUGAAUGAAAGAAGUCUAAUAUUAUGAGUUACGAGUUGUUUGGAGAUAUAUAUUAAAUACAUUGUUAAACACAGAUAUGCCAAAAGACUUGCCUUCCUCACAGAAAUCUCAAAUUUGCAGUGCUGUUACUAUUGCAAGGGAUUCUGGGCAUAUACAAAUAAGUUCAACAAACAACCGCCUUUUUGCCUCAUUAUUGCACGUUAUGCAUGGAUUCCUUGGAUUUUAUGUCUGAUACAUGUAUACAACCGCUUUGAAUCACAACUCGGGAAGAGGUGCAAAGCCAGAUAACGGAUGCAACUCAUCAGCAUGAGGUCGAUUACUGACUUGCUAUUAAAGCUUGAAUCGACAAGCUAAUUAAAAAUGAUACCCCUGUAUAUUAUGCUUUUACAACUAUUAUUAUCCAAUUGCUGUUUAAACAUCUGUAUUCACUCUGUAAAACCACCUCUUCAAGCAGAGAAUUCCACAUAAUUUUUGUUCUUACUGUGAAAAACCCUUUCCUUUGCCUUAGACUAAAUCUAAUUUUUUCCCGUCUAAAUGUGUGCCCUAUGUAUAAUCCAGUUUCUGAAUAGCUUUCCAGACCGUGGUAUGUAUUCACCCCAAAAUGAUUUGUAUAAUGCUAUAUACCCUCUGAGGCUCCUCUUUUCUAAACUACAGAGAUUUAAAUUUGUUAACCUUUCUUCAUAACCAAAAUGCUUAAUUAAGUCGAUCAAUUUUGUAGCCUGCCUCUGCACUUUUUCUAUAUAUUUUUUUUUUUUUUAUAUCCUUCUUUAGAACCGGUACCCAAAAUUGCACCGCAUAUUCAAGGUGUGGUCUUACCAGUGACUUAUACAGAGGCAAAAUUGUAUUUUCUUCCUGAGAAUUAAUGCCCCUUUUUAUACAUGACAGUACCUUACUAGCCUUAGCAACUGCCAAUUGAAAUUGCAUAUUGUUGUCUCAUUUGUUGUCUAUAACAAUUCCCAAAUCCUUCUUGUAUGUAGUUAUUCGUAAUUCCGCACCAUUUAGAGUGUAAGUUGCUUGUGCGUUCUUUACCCCUGAAGUGCAUAACUUUGCAAUUUGCUACAUUCAAUUUCAUCAGCCAUUUGAGUGCCCAGUCCCCCAAUCUAUCUAAAUCCAUCUGCAGCAAAGCAAUAUCCCGCUCACAUUGUAUUACUUUGCAGAGUUUUGUGUCAUCUGCUUACUCUGAAACAUGACUUUUAAUGCCUACAGAAUCCUGAGGGACACUACUUUUGUCCAGCUGGAAUUUACCAUAAUUGACAACUCUCUGUAGUCUAUCUUUAAGCCAAUGUUCUACUCAAGAAUGUUCAUCUAGAUCAAUUUAUUUUACUUUGAACAGUAACCUAUUGUGUGGAACCAUAUUUGAAUGUCUUGGCAAAAUCCAAAUAGAUCACAUCCACUGCAACACCUUGAUCUAUACUUCUACUUACCUCUUCGUAGAAUGCAAUUAGGUCCAUGCAGGCUAGAUAUUGAGCCAUGGGGAGCAGAAAAUAACUGUCAAACGACCUGCAUAACAAGGUAAUGAAACUUUAUAAUGACGGAAAAGGAUAUAAAAAGAUAUCCAAAACCUUGAAAAUACCAGUCCGUACUGUUCAGUCACUUAUUAAGAAGUGGAAAAUUCGGGGAUCUCUUGAUACCAAGCCAAGGUCAGGUAGACCAAGAAAGAUUUGAGCCACAACUGCCAGAAGAAUUGUUCGGGAUAGAAAGCAUUGGCAUUUUGCAAAGACAAAUGGGCAGCUACACCACCCACAAGAAUAAGGGGCUUCAUAGACAACUAUUACGGUCUGAAAAUCUAGUCAUAAACUGGACUAUACACAACAUCACUCAUUUAGACUGGAAAAAAGAAUAUCCAAUUUUAGGCAAAGGAUAGGGGUUUUUUUUGUUUUUUUUUGUAGUAAGAAUAAGCAUGUGGAAUUUUCAGCCUGAAGAGGUAGUUUUAAUCAGUCUGUACAGAUGUUUAAACUAAAUGAAUACUUGCAAGAAAACAUAAUAUUCAGGGAUAUCAUUUUUGAUAUGUGGAGUGACAGCUUCUUAAUUCAAGGAGAGAUCUGACUGCCUUCCUGGGGUCGAUAAAUAAUUUAUUUCCUAGCUUGUUGCAAAAUUGUGAAGCUCUUCAAACUGGGUUUUUUGCCACCUUUUGGAUCAACAGCAAAAACAGAUGUGAGGCUGAAUUUGAUAGACACAUAUCUCUUUUCAGCCUACGUAACUAUGUAUACGGUUUUCCUAGGUUUGCUUGUUGGGGAUAUAUUAGCACACUAACACUCUGGCAUCUAUAUCCCGCAGGCAAUAUGAUGUAUUUUUUAGGAGAUGAACAAUAUAUAAUUUAGUGUAUAAUAAAGUCCACAGCAAUAACAUUAAGAGUGAGUUAAACUGCAAUAAAGAUGCUAUAGAAAUAGUUUAUUGUGGUAAAAACACUGUCACAAAGUCAUACAGAACACCUAUAUAAAUAGUUAUCAAUAUGUCUUAUACAUACUAAGAAAUUAUCAGUACUACCUUACCUAUGUAUACAGAUACCUUUUAAACUCUUAAUAAAUUGUCCAAUUUGUUUUUGGGUCAUUUUCAGUUUUGGAAGGUAUGAUUUGGCUAAGCUAACCUUUAAGCUAGAAAUGCAUUUUUUUAAAAUUUAUUUUGUGUUCUUUAUUUUUGUUUUGUGCUUAGGGUAACAAACAUGCUUGCACUACCACACCUGCAGGAGCAAGGGUAUGCAAACAUUUGAAAUAGUCAGCAUUAUGGCAUAUGAUAAGGCUGCACAAUUUUUGACAUAGUACACAGAUAGCAAGAAUAGCAAUUUAGGCAGAUUAAUCUGACAAUAUGGUGAGUCAAGAUUAUAACGUAUAGCAGAACCUGGGGUCUGCCUGGGAACUCAGGCAGACCCCCUCUGCCCGAUCCGGCCAUGUGAUCGCAGGGUCCUUGCGAUCACAUGGCCGGAAUAGCCGGCUUAUGCAGUGCCUGCAAAAAUGCCUGCCUGGCCAAAAUUAGCGUUCAAUUUAGUUUUUUGCAUUUCUCACACACAAACAAAUAUGAUGGCUAAAUUUGGCCAGUGUUUGUAAUGAAGUGGCUACUAAAAAAGACUGGACAUACUCCAUUUGUAAUACCAUGGGUUGUCUACUUUUGCAAAUGCUAUGCCAUCAUGGGGUAAUUUUCAUUCCUGGGCUACCAUUUGGUCUCAAAGGCACAUAACCAGUCUGGCAAAUUUCAAUGUGUGUAAACUGAAAAAUGUAAUGUGCUAUAUUUGACCCUGUAACUUUCCAAAACCCCAUAAAACCUGUACAUUGGGGGUACUGUUUUUACCCGUGAGACAUCGCUGAAAACAAAUGUGUACUUUAUUGCAGUAACAUCUAACAGUAUUGUGACAUUCACAGUUAAUAUGCCAUCCAGAACUAAAAAAACAAGUUUCUUAUUUUCUCACUUUUUUUUUUUUUUUUUAUAUUUUAUUCAGAUUAAAUUAUGCUUAAUAUACAAAUAUUUGAUGUGACAUGAAAGCCCUGUUUCUCCUGAACAAAAUGAUAUAUAAGUGUGGGUACACAUAAUAUAAAAGAAGUGAAUUACGCCUGAACAGACAUCUAGUGUAAAUUCAAGGUUUUGUUUACGUUUUGAUUUGAUAACAACUUGUACAAUUGGCUCAGUCCUUAACCCUUUCAGGACCGGACUGUUUUGGCCAUGUUGUUCGUUAUGGACCAGAGCUGUUUUAACACUUUUGUGGUGUUUGUGUUUAGCUGUAAUUUUCCUCUCUCUCAUUUACGGUUCCCAUACAAAUUAUAUAUUGUUUUUUUCAGGACAAAGGGUUUUUUUUUUCCAUACCAUUAUUUGUAUCAUAUGAUAUAAUUUACUUUAAAAAAAAUAAAAUAUGGUGAAAAAUUGAGGAGAAAAUUUUUUUUUUUUGACUUUUACUUAAAAAAUCUUUUACUUACCUAGAAAAGCUAAUGAAAAAACUGCUAAAUAGCUCCCAGUGUUUACGUGCUUUUUUGAUGUUUUUUUUUUUUUCUAUAAGUACAAGUAGGAAAUUGCUGUUUCAAAAUAUAUAUUUUUAAAAUGUAUCAAUAGUGACAUUGUAGCACUGUUAUUUGUCAUAAAUCUCUGAAUCUCACCUCACAUGUACAUAUUUUUUAAAGUAGACAACCCAGGGUAUUCAAUAUGGGGUAUGUCCAGUUACUUUUAGUAGCCACUUAGCCACAAACACUGGCCAAAGUUAGCAUUUAUAUUUUUUUGUGUGUGAAAAUUGCAAAAAACGAAACUGAACGCUAAUUUUGGCCAGUGUUUGUAACUAAGUGGCUACUAAAAAAGACUGAACAUACCCCAUUUGCAAUACCUUGGGUUGUCUUCUUUUGCAAAUGGUAUGCCAUCAUGGGGGUAAUUCUCAUUCCUGGGCUACCAUACACUCUCAAAGGCAACAUAACCAACCUGGCAGUUUUCAAUGUAAAAAUAUUUGACCAUUAUAUUUGAGCCUGUAAGUUUCUAUGACACCCUAAAACCUGUACAUGGGGGGUACUGUUUUACUUGGGAGACUUUUCUGAACACAAAUAUUAGUGUUUCAAAACAGUAAAACGUAUCACAAUUAUUGAUAUAAUUGUUGUGAUAUGUUUUACUGUUUUGAAACCCUAAUAUUUGUGUUCAGCGAAGUCUCCCGAGUAAAACCGUACCCCCCCCAUGUGCAGGUUUUAGGGUGUCCUAGAAGGUUACAGGGUUAAAUACAUUCCUAGCAAAUUUAAUUCUCUGGGUUGUCAGGCAGAUCCCUCAAAUUGCAAUCAAUAAAAUCACUUAAUUAUGUAAAAAUAUUACAUAAAUACGCACGUAGAAUUUAAAUAUAUAUGCAUGUUUAUAUAUUUGAAGUCUACGUGUAUAUUUAUGAAAUUAUUUAUGUAAUUUUGUAUAUGGAUAUAUAUUUCGUAAUAUUUUGAUUUAUAUAUACAUAGAUGUACAUAUAAUUUCAUUUUAAGUGUAUUUUGAUAAAAUAUAUAUAUUAUCAAAAUACAGUUAGAAUAAAUGUCAUAUAUAAUUUUUUUUUAUUUUUAAGUUUUUUUUUAUUUUAAUUAUAUACACACACACACACACACACACAAUAUAGAUUGUUAUUAUAUACGUGUGUGAUUAUAAGUAUAUAAUAUAUGUAUAUAUUAAUAUAAAAAUACACUAGGGGCGUGGCUAACGGCCGAGGAGAACGGUCGCAUGGUGUGAGAGCUCCCGGCCGUGAAGGACCUCACAGCUUGUUAUAUCGAAGCUACAUGCCCUAAAACCUGGCAAAAUAAACAUCAAUACUAGCAGCCUGCAGCAAUGGCCCCCGCCAAGCAGACGAAACUUACAGACCUGGUCCGCCAACAAAAAAGGGACAAAACGUGGCCUGCACAAGAUGGCGGCGACGGACUAGCGUUAUCACAGCCCACAGACUCCCCCCUGGAGCAAGACAGUGAAGUAAGCCUCUAUACCGAUGCCCCGGUCACGGAGAGGAAGCUCUUUCUUAUGCUGCAAGAAUUUAGAGUAACUCUGCAAAGGGACCUCAGGCAGGCAACAAAUGAUAUAAAAAAAGAAAUAUCAGAACUGGGGGAGCGGACAAACAACUUGGAGGCCAGACAAGAGGAACUCUGCUCAGCACAUGACACGCUGGCAGAAACUGUACAGAACCUAAGCGACGAGCACAUGGCAUUAAAAAAGAUGAUGGCCGAUAUGGAAGACCGCUCGAGGCGGAACAAUAUUAGGUUCCGAGGGAUCCCGGAAUCUGUGGCAAAUGACGGCAUUGCUGCAUACAUAUUGACACUAUGUAAAACACUGGCGCCGACGAUACCGCAACAGGAGUGGGUCAUGGACCGAGCACACCGGCUACCAAGACCUCAGAGGCUUGCGCAAGAUACGCCACGUGACAUAGUGGUGAGAUUCCACUUCUUUAAAACUAAAGACGCGGUAAUCGCAGCGGCAAGAAAAGCACUAACAUUGCUGGCGCCAUAUGACAAAGUCCAACUAUAUGCACACAUGUCAGCAAUGACCAUGAGCAGGAGGCGGGAGUUUAUAACGGUCACAAAGACAUUAAGGAACAACAGCAUUCAAUAUCGCUGGGGGUACCCAACCAAGAUCAUUGUCUGGAAAAAUGGAAGGACAUAUACUGCGAACGAACCGGAGGUGGGCAUGCGAUUACUGAAGGAAUGGGGGCUAUUUCCAGUGAGGUCUCCGGACGGAGCGACAGUGGAGUCACCGAAACGCCCGCAAAGAGAAUGGCAGAUGGCGGGUUCGACCUCCCAAAUCUGACGACUUACAAGUCCCUCUCAACAAGGACUGUUGUAAGAUAAACAAUGACUGUCUCGCUUGCCACUUGCAAACGUUUUGAAAAGGUUGUGAGUAUAUUUUAAUGUGCACACAUGUAUGGGGACAUGACACCACAAACUUAACAUAAUACUUCCGCUAACGGAGAGGUAUACACAUGAGCCCUAAAGGAUAGGCUGACCAAGGGCAGGGGUACAAAGGGUGAAGGUGAUCAUAACUCCCAGAAAUGUUUUAUUUUAGCAAUCUCAAAAAGAUGGAUAAUAGUCAAAUAUAGAUGUCUGCCCAAUUACAGGGCCCCAUAGACUGGUAACUACACAUAUGGGCAGGGGAAAUUAAAUCCAAGGGACAGGGCGGAAAACCAACCCCGAUGGAGGUCGUAGGUGGCAUGCUCUCACAACCAGACCAACCCCUAGGUUUGCGCGCAGAGACGGGACAAAACACCCGACUUGCGCCUAAACCAGGAAGAGCGCUGACAAAAAUACUGGCGCUAUGUAUAUACUUGAGUUUGUUACAGACCCGUGGUUUUGUUAUCCUCGUUUUACCCCGAUCCUUCCCCCCCUGGACAACACCAACACCAUUUGCUAUACAUCCUUACCCGUACACGCAUGAACUGCACAAGCAGCCUCACAAAAGAAUGUAUGGCUGACGAACUGAAAAUCCUAACAUUAAAUGUGAAAGGCCUCAACAGCCCCCAUAAACGCAGAAUGGCAGCAUUGGAAAUGGGUAAAUCUAAAGCAGCAAUAGUGUGUCUGCAGGAGACGCACUUCUGCAUCCGCAAUACCCCUAGAUUUAGCGUCAAACAAUACGCCCAAAGCUAUCACGCCCGAUCACCGACUAAAUCCAGGGGGGUAGCCGUAUACUUCCAUAGGGACUGGGUAUUUUCACUCUCCAAACAAUAUGCUAGACGGGAUGGGAGGCUGCUGGUUCUGGUGGGUUCCCCGAACGGACUACAAAUAACGAUAGCCUCACUAUAUGCCCCGAAUGAAGCACAGAAACACUUCCUAAACAGGGCGUUCCGCACAAUUGCACAAUACAAACAAGGACACACCAUCAUAUGCGGGGACUUUAAUUGCUCCCCCGACCCAUCCCUAGAUAUCAGCAGAGUGAAUAAUGAACCACCAAAGCCAGCCUCUUUGGCUUUAGGCCAGCACCUCAGUACCCUUAUUCAUGAGCACGAUUACUAUGACACGUGGAGGAAUCUGUAUCCACGUGAGAAGGACUUCACGUUUUACUCGCCCGUCCAUAUGACCUACACUAGAAUAGACUUAUGCCUCCUAGACACAAGAACACUACCAUUUGCAUUGAGAGUACAAAUAGGUCCAAUCACGUGGUCCGACCACGCUCCACAAAUCCUAACUAUAAAAAUUCCUUACCCAGCUAGGGGACGAGGCACCUGGCGCCUCAACGAAAGCCUUCUGGACACACCAGGGAAUCUCCUUCAAAUACAGGUCAAAACACAGGAAUACUUUAAGACCCAUGCGACUUGCCAGACAACAAUUCUCGCUAAAUGGUUAGCCCAUAAGGCAGUCAUAAGGGGGAGUUUUAUCCAGAUGGGGGCGAGAGUAAAGAAGCAGCACAAUGCUGAAAGAACACGCCUUGAACAAGAAAUAAUCACACACGAAGAGGCACACAAAAUGCAAACCCACUAAACGCACGCACGACACAUUGACAAAGCUCAGAUCAAAACUAAGCUCUCUCCAUUUAAUGGAAACUGAAAAAAGGAUGCGGUUCCUCAAACAAACAUAUUAUACCAUGGGCAACAAGGCGGGAAGACUUCUAGCCCAACAAGUUCGCCAAACAAAAUUGCAGUCGAAAAUACCCUAUAUCACCUCAAAGCGAGGAGUAAAACUAUAUAACCCCCAGGACAUAGUCAACGAGUUAGCACGGUAUUACGCGUCCCUUUACCAGUUAGACAGGGAUCACGGCACUCACCAACCGACUAAAAUGGGAAUCGCACGAUUUCUAGAACAGGUAGCUUUACCGUGCCUAUCCCAAGAGCAAUGCUCCUCUCUGGAAGAACCCUUCUCAGAGCAGGAAAUUGAAGAGGCCAUCAAGUCCCUACCUAAGCACAAAGCCCCUGGCCCGGACGGCUUAUCAAAUUAUUACUAUAUAAAAUUGUCGCUGUAUUUGAUCGCCCCUCUCACCACACUCUAUAAUGCAAUAAAAGAAUCAGGAGAGAUGCCCAAAGAAAUGUUAGAAGCUUUCAUUGUGACACUGCCCAAACCAAACAAACCCCCCACUAUCUGUGCUAAUUUACGCCCGAUUUCCCUGCUAAACGCAGACACCAAACUCUACGCUAAACUCAAACGCAACGAGACUCAAAAAAAAUACUCCCAGAUCUCAUCUCCGAAGAACAGGCAGGGUUUGUUCCAGGGAGACAAGUGGGGGACAACACCAGGCACUUCUUGAAUCUAAUAGACUGGGCAAAUUUAUCGUCCCAGACCGGCCUGAUCUUGGCACUAGACGCCGAAAAGGCCUUUGAUCGCCUACAGUGGGAAUAUAUGACACAGACGCUACUUAGAAUGGGAUUCUCCUCGAAAGUCCUGUCGAUCAUUCUUGCACUAUACCGAAAUCCAACGGCCAGAGUGUUUAGCACGGGUUUUAUAUCUGAUCAAAUAGAGAUAAGGAAUGGUACCCGACAGGGAUGCCCCCUCUCGCCCCUCAUUUUUAUACUAGGCCUAGAACCUCUAAUUCGGCUAAUAAAUCGCGACCCAGUAGUAUAAGGACUCCACACUACAGGUGGCGACAAAAAAACUGGCACUUUUCGCGGACGACGUUUUAGUAUUUCUAACGUGCCCAGAAUCCUCACUACCACAACUCAUACACAGGCUCGACACAUAUGGACGGGUAUCUUACUAUAGGAACAACACAACGAAGACACAAGCAUUGCCUAUAAAUUUACCGAGCACUAUCGUCACGACGCUACAAGCACAACACACCUUUGACUGGCGCAAAACCUCUCUAAAAUACUUGGGGAUCAAUCUCACAAAGUCCACUCAGACCACCAUACGGGAAAACCAUUAUCCGGUCAUACAAAAACUAAGAACCACACUAGAGAAAUGGGAAGGACUCGAGGUGUCCUGGUUAGGCCGCAUCAACCUUAUUAAAAUGAUGGCGCUGCCGCACAUACUGUACCUGUUUAGAACCUUGCCCAUCGCCCUCCCCACCAAACUUUUAAAACUCUUCCAAAGCACAAUAAACACACAUGUAUGGAAACGGAAGCCCCCGAGAGUGGCAAGGGGAGUGCUGGGGCUCCCAGGCACCAGUGGGGGGGCUGGGCAUGCCUGAUAUCAAGGCUUACUAUAAGGCAACCGUUUUACCGCAGGGACUCAGGCUCUUACACUCCGUGACCACCACCCGUAAGCCCAUCUGGCUAGAAAUGGAAAGCGCCUGCCUGGCCACCCGCGACCUGCCACGGAACUUAUGGGCAGGGGGACAGCCCCAGUUUGUGGGGGGAAAACAACUGCAGAGUUCACGGUUUCUUUUAAGGGCAUGGAAUAACUGGAGCUCUUGCAUAGCGAACCCCAAAGAGCUCUUUUUAGCAGCACCCUUGGAAACACUAGAAAUACUAUCCCCAGACAUGUCGAUAGGCCGAUGGAAAGGGAGGGGCGAAUCCCGGGUCCAAGACAUACUAGAAGGAGACAAAAUUAAGCAAUUCCCCAUCCUGCAAAGGGAAUUACAGCUACCAGUGAGGGAUAUCUUUCAAUACCUUCGAAUAAAAAAUAUAGUGCACUCGCAUAUCCAACUCUGCACCACCCACUCCUCCAAACCCCACAUAACGCUUAAACAGGCACUCUUCCACAAGCAAAUCAAACCGCUUUCAGCAUGCUACAACGCACUAAUCACUUUGGCGGCCCCCGAUAAACCUACAUACAUGAAUCUGUGGGAGGAGGACUUGGGACUCCAAAUCCCCAAGACAGAGUGGCUAACGGCUCUGGAAACCACGAAAAAAGCAUUGCAAAGCCUCACACUCUGGGAAGCGUAUUGCAAGGUGCUAAUGAGGUGGUACUUGGUGCCACACAGACUGGCACGCAUGUACCCGGGCACGUCCGGGAAGUGUUGGAGAUGCAACAUAAAAGAGGGAACCAUGUUCCAUAUUUUCUGGACGUGCCCCCUACUGACUGAUUACUGGGAGAAGGUCCAUUUGCUCCUACUAGGCAGGACGGGAAUCACUCUCCCCAAGAAGCCGGAACACUACAUACUUCACAUAGCACCCAGUGUGGCCACUCACCCUCAUAGGAAAGUAGCGCUAAAUAUUCUAACGGUAGCAAAAAUUGUGCUGGCCGGCAACUGUAAGAGCAACAAAAUCCCAGCAGUAGAGGCUAUAACACAAAAAAUGGAUACGAUUAGCGCAUAUGAAAAAAUGGCCAAUAGAGUAAACGGUAGCAGUGUGAGAUACGACAGGGAAUGGAGUUGCUGGCCAGCGGGAAUUUAGGUAGUAGAACAGGAGCCGCAGUACGGCGACACCUACACUGACAUGGAGCAAGGAUCAGUUGGGAGCAGUGACAAGUUUACAAAUGGUUGUACAGGAUUUAACCACCAUAUGUAUAAAGUGUUGUCUAGGGAACCCCCCCCUCCCCUUCUUCCUUUCUGUAUCUUCCCCCAAUCCAAGUUCUUGUUAUAAAAAAUAAAUGAAACAGGAAUAGCUUGUCAGACGUGCAUUACAGGCAGUAAUUCCACCCGCACCGACCCAACACAAAAGGACACUAGGCACAUCACAUAACACAGUGCCCUCGAGCAGAGAGAUCCAAAGCGAGUGUACCUACCUGGGAAGCAACAUUGGCUUCAAACAUAUAUACAGAAGAUGUUGGUCUAUAACAUGUGGGGAAACGGAAUCCACAGCUGCGACUGUGUUGGGUUUGUAUGCCAGAGUGCACUGCGAUGCACAAAGUCUGAAAUUUUGCUUGCACCAAUAAAAAGAUAAAUGAGAAAAAAAAAAAAUACACUUAGUAUGACAUUUUAUAUAUUUAUAUAUAUAUAUACAUACAUACAUAAUGGUUUUUUAAACAAUUUUUUUAAAUUUAUUUUACACUUGCAGACCGUGCCCUGCAGGUAGACACUUGGACACCUAUUGUGACGCUCUGUUGAGGCAUCCGCGGAGGGGUCCUAUUCGCCAGGGAGACUGCCUGGGCUGCAGGCAGUCCCACAAGCAACACCGACGCCGUCGGGGAACGGCGACCGGGUGAGUAUAGAUUUCCGUUAUGAUGGUUCAGGACCGCCGGUCCUCAAAGGGACUUUACCAAUGCGGUCCUGAACUGUCAGCAGUCGGAAGGGGGGGUUUAACCUUGGGCGGCGUGCUAUGCUGUCCUUGGGGACCUGGCUCUAACGCCCGGGGCGGCAUAGCAUGUCCCCGCCGUCCUAUUUACUUACUCGGUCGCCGGCGAUCCCAUAGCGGAGUCCUCCUGAUGCCGAUCCGGCCCUCCUGGCCCAUGUGAUUGCAAGGUCCUCGCGAUCACAUGGACGGCAUAGCAGUCCACAGCAAUACCAACAGGUACUCCCCCUGCUGCCUGUAAAACAAAUAAAUAAAAAUAAUAAAAGAUUAAAACAGUUUAAAAUAACAUUAUAUAUACGUAGAUCAUAUAUAUAUAUAUAUAUAAGUCCAGACUCUGGCACUCAACCCCAAAAUGAAAAAUCUAAAAAUAUAGUACCCAGGUGCCUCCAGGCCAAUAGGUACACAAAUUCAGACAGGAGCACUCACUUGGAUUUUCCAAUAGUGUAUUAAAAAGUAUUCAUCAAUCUACAUCAACGUUUCGACCCUACAUCAAUGUUGCUCCUGUCUGAAUUUGUGUGUGUACGUAUACGUGUACGUACGGGUGUGUGUGUAUAUAUAAAUAUCAAAAUACACGUUGAAUGAUAUUGAUUAAAUAUCUAUUUAUAUAUAAUGUAAAAUAAAUGUAAAUACGUUAAAUAAAAUUACAAAAAUAAAUGUGUAAUUUUGUUCUAACUGUAUUUUAAAAUUAAUAUAUAUUGAUAUAUAUAUAUAUAUAUAUACACACACACGUGUGUAUUUAAUACACACGUGUGUGUGUGUGUAUACACACAUACUAUAUAUAUAUAUAUAUAUAUAUAUAUAUAUAUAUAUAUAUAUAUAUAUAUAUAUAUAUAUAUAUAUAUAUAUAUAUAUAAUAAUUUUACAUAAUUAGGUCAUUUUAUUAAUUACAAUUUGCCGGACCUGCCUGACAAACCGGGCCAAAAGUCCAGGGAAUUUAAUAUGCUAGCACUAUAUUUAACACUGUAACUUUCCAAGACACCAUACAACCUAUACAUGACUUCGCUGAACACAAAUAUUAGUGUUUCAAAACAGUAAAAUGUAUUACAACGAUGAUAUAGUCAGUGAAAGUAAUUUUAUUUAUUUAUUUAUUUUUUUGUUUUUUUCACACACAAAUGGCACUUACAUGGAUGAUAUUGUUGUGAUACGUUUUACUAUUGCAAGUGGUAUGCCAUCAUGGGGGUAAUUCUUUUCAAAUAAUUUUUAUUGAAAAUGUUUUCAGAAUUUACAAAUAAUAAAGAACAAUAUAUUAGGGAAGGGAAAGGAAGGGUGAAAACUGGGAGAUGGGGGAGAAAAAAAGGGGGGGAAUAUCCAUCCAUUAUAACAGUAAAUUUGUUAAAGUACAAGGCACUUAAGUUGAAUAAUGUGACAUUACACGUUAUUACAGGUUAUGAGUUUUUUUGACAGCGGUUUCCCAAUGAUCCCAGUGGUGUUUUAAUUGUGCAAAAAUGUGUGUUAUUUCUAUGUGAUAGUUCGUAUGCUUUGUUUUCUAAUGUUAAUGUCAGUACUUCCUUGAUAGAGGGUGUAUGUUUAGACUUCCAAUAUCUAGGUAGACAUGUGGUUGCAGCUAUCAGUAUGUGGCCUGCUAUAAUCCUAUCUAUUCUACUGAUGGAUUCAGGGAAUUUUUUAAAUAGAGCUAGUUCAGAUGUGAAAUUAUCUAUAUUCCUGUUCACUUUAAUAAUUAAAUCGUGUAUCGAUUUCCAGUAUUUAGUUAGUCUUGGGCAAUACCACCAUAUGUGGGCCAUAUUGCCCAAUCCUCCGCAGUCUCUCCAACACUUAUCGCUGUACCUAUUAUUCAUAUUAUGCAGUCUAGACGGAGCUAGAUACCAUCUAUACAGAAUCUUAAAAUGAUUUUCGUGAUGAUUGGAACAGAAAGAUAGGCCCUUCAGUGCUGAGAAAAAAUUAAACCAUUCUUCCAACUUAUAUUGGGUACACAGCUCCGUCUCCCAAGAUAACAUAUGUUUCAGUUUGGUAUUUGGUUUGUCAUUGUGUAACAUAUAGCAGAUAGAUAUAAUGCCUUUCCUGUUUGGGUCAUUUAAAAAUACCUUUUCUAAUGGAGAUAUAGUCAGUGCUUCGUAAUUUUUAUCAAGUUCUGGAAUUUUGUAUAUCUCUUUCAAUUUCUCAAUCACUAACUCACAUUCAACCUUGCAUUCGAUCGGCAGACUAUGCUUAAAUUUGAGUUUUCCAUAAGACAAAAUAGAGUUACCAUGGAAAGAAUUAUCAAUAUGAUGCAGUUGAUGUCCUUUAAGCAAUGCUAAGUCUAAGGUUGGGAUGUAAUAUUUUAAAGAAUCAAUUGGCAUGGCUCUAUAUAAUUUUAUCAAUUGACAAUUGUUUUUGAAUACUAAAUCCCAGGCUUUGAGUGUGGUCCUAGUAGUCAAAAACAUUUUUGAUACGCCAGGUCUCCUUGAAGGGUUUAGCCAGGGUAGUUCCCCGAUUUGAUAGGGGAAAAUGCUGGAUUCCUCCAUCUCCAUCCAUCUCGGCCUGUUUUUUUGGUUAUUAAAGCUUACAACCACUGCAGCAUUAGUAGCAAAGUAGUAUUUUCUAAAAUUUGGGACACCAAUGCCCCCGUGGGUUUUUUGGUGCUGCAGGGAUGUAAGCUUAAUUCUAUUGAGUUUAUUGUUCCAGAUAAAUUUAAGCAUUGUUGAGUGCACUUUGUUAAAAAAAGGACAUUGGAACAGAUAAAGGGAUGGUUCUGAAGUAAUACAGGAUUUUUGGUAGGAUCGACAUUUUUAUGGAGGCAAUUCUUCCUAACCACGACAAUUCCAUACCACCCCAUCUCUCCAUCUCCCUUUGUAGGUCCGGCCAUGUUCCCUUCAAGUUAUGAGUAUGCAUAUUAGGUAAAUGUUUGCAUAAAUUAAUACCCAAAUAUUUUAGGUAAUCCUUCCUCCAGUCGAACGGAUAUAUUGCUUUCAAUUCAUCCAUGUCAGACUUUUGCAAAUGAAAAGGCAGGGCCUGGGUCUUAGAUAUAUUUAAUUUGUAAUAUGACACUUCUCCAAACUGGAGUAGAACUGUAUUGAGAAAUUCCAGAGAUUCUUUUGGAUUUUUGAGUGCUAGGAUGACAUCAUCUGCGAAUAGCCCUAUUUUGUGGAUGGAUCCCUUGAUUGAAAUACCUGCUAUUUCUGGGGUUGUCCUGAUCAAUUCGGCCAGGGGUUCCAUCACCAGAACAAAGAGGAUCGGAGAUAAGGGGCAACCUUGACGCGUCCCAUUAGUUAAGGAAAACGUUCUUGAUUGGAAACCCAAGGCCGAUACGUGAGCUGUGGGUGCGCAGUAUAGUGCCUUAAUCGCAGUGAUGAAAGAUUGUGGGAUAUCGAAUCUACUCAAUGUCUCCCAUAGGUAACCCCAAUGUACCCUGUCGAACGCCUUCUCUGCAUCCAAUGAAAGGAGCAGAGACAGAGUUUUUGUCGAAUUAAUAUGCUGGAUCAAGUUUAUGAACCGCCUGGUUCCGUCAGGUGCCUGUCUUCCCUGGACGAAUCCAACCUGGUCAUUCUUGAUCAAUAGGGGUAUUAAACUAGUUAAACGGUUCGCUAAUAUCUUGGCAUACAAUUUUAUGUCGUUGUUUAUAAGGGAUAUGGGCCGGAAAUUAGAGCAUUUAUCAGGGGUUUUACCUGGUUUUGGCAAGGUGACAAUCUGUGCGGACAAAGAUUCUCCUGGCAUCUGCCCUCCGGACUUAUAGUAGUUAAAUAAUUUGGACAUGUGAGGGAUUAAAAUUUCUGCAAAAGUCUUAUAAUAUAAAAUGGUAAAUCCGUCAGGUCCAGGAGCCUUUCCUGACGGCAUACAUUUAAUUGCCUCGGCUAUCUCUGCUUCAGAUAUAUCGCACUCUAGUUUUUCCAAGUUAUCAGAGGACAGCCGAGGCAACGAAACCCUGUCUAAAAAAUUAAUAGACGCCUCAGAUGGCUGGGUGAGGUUCAGGUCAGAUUUCAAAUUGUAAAGUUCGCUAUAAUAUUUUGCAAAUUGAUCGCUAAUCUUAUUCGGGUGGAAUAUUUUUUGUCCUUGGUCAUCUAUUAAGUGUGAAAUUUUUGAUUCGGCAUUUACGUGCCGGAGUUUGGACGCCAGGAGAGUUGAGGCCUUAUUACCUUUUAAAUAAAACAAUUUCCUGAGGCGUCUCACCAUGAGAGUAGUUCUAUCUAUAUUUAUUUUAUGUAUUUUUGAUUUGAUCUCCCCUAUCAUUGCUGAUAGGGAAGAAGAUGGACCUAGUUUAUUAGCCUGAUUUAAGUUAUACAGUUCUUUUUCCAAGUUUCUUAAAUUAUUGUUAUUCUUCUUCUUCAAGUGAGACGCCCUAGAAAUGAAAUGACCCCUUAACACAGCCUUGUGCGCAUUCCAUGUCACCUCGCCAGGAACCUCGUGUGAAGCAUUAUUAAAAAAAUAAUCAUUUAGUACUCCCACAGCAAGCGAUCUGUUUUCAGGAUCGUCUAACAAAUAAUCACUCAAUCUCCACUGUCUGUUGGGGGAGGAAGAAACCUUUUCAUCUAAAUGCAAAGUUAUGGGAGCAUGGUCAGACCAAUUAAUAUCUAAAAUAUCAGAUCUUGAGAUGUGUGAUAUGAGAGUGCCCUGUAUCAUGAACCUGUCUAUCCUGGAAUACAUGUUCUUGGAUACGGAGUAGUAUGUGAAAUCUCUCUCAUUCUCGUGUAGUAAUCUCCAUGGGUCAUACAAUCCGCAUUCAACCAUAUACUUUGAACAUUUCACAGCUAAUCUGUCACUGUCUCUCGUGCGGGUUGUGUCUAAAUUUUCCCUUGCAUUAUCUAAGUCGCCGUCCAUAACAAAAUUCGUAUCUCCACACAUCACUAAAAUCCCUUUCAUGUUCUCAUUCACCAGUUCCAUUAUUUUCCUAAAAAAAAGUUAGCUGACCUGUGUUGGGGAAGUACACAUUGACAAUUGUAUAUAAAACGUUGUUAACUUUACCGACCCACAGUAUGUAUCUCCCGUCAUCAUCCAUCAGUAUCUUAUCUGUAGAGCUGGCCACCUUCCUACUAAAAUAAAUAGAAGUACAUCUAGACUUAGACUUGUAGGUGCAGUGAAAUUGGGAUGGGAAUAACAGUGUCAUAAAUUUAUACUCUUUUCCUUCCUUAAGAUGAGAUUCUUGAAUACAUACAAUAUCCGAUUUGUUGGAUUUAACUUCUUUAAACAAUAAUCGCCUCUUGUGAGCGGUGUUAAGGCCCCUCACAUUAAAUGACAUGAGUUUAAUGACCAUGACUCAAUCAGAGUGCACGGUCAUUAAAAGGAGAAUAUAUGGAAAUGUGGGAGCCAGAAGGCCCGCGUCCCAAGAGGAGAGUUAUGAGAUCCAACAAUCGUAACAACAAAUAUUUUUGUUUAAACAAGAGUGAAUUUGCUAAAACAAUUAAGGCUGAACCUGGUAACUUCUUAGAUUGUUCACGGUAUAUAAAAAAGUGGAUGGAAAAAAAAUAAGGGGUAGUAAACUUGGGUAAAUUCCACUAUAUGGGGAGAAAAAAAUAACCUUUAAUAAGAGUAGGGCCAUGAGGGAGAAUAAAAAAUAUUUCUCCAUCUCAGGGUAUUAGGCCCAGGUUGGGGGGGAGGGAAGGCUGCCUGAGACUAGGGGACCGAUGUAUGUUUCUAUCAAAACCAAAAUACUACAAUUAUACUGAAAAAUUAUUGAAUAUAUAAAAAAUAGGUACCAAGGAAAAAAAUAAAUAAAUAAAAAUAAAUCAAGUCCUUCCUAUCAUAGGUCUCUGCUGAAAUAGAUAAUCGUUAAGGCAGGUUAAACAAGAUGAGAGAAAAAAGAAAACGACAAAGGGAAAUAAUUUCCUGUAGACUGACAUGGUAUUGAGAAAACUCAAAAGUGAGUUGCCUACUGCUUUAACCUGACCCAGUGUUAGGAUAAAAGUAAUAUCAUUUUGCAUAAACGUUAGUUGGCGCGGGGUAGAGAAACAAAAAAAAAAGAGAAAUUAGAAAUAUGAAAACAAGUGUUUAACAGCAAAGGAAGUACGUCCAGUACGUUGUGAAGAAAAAAAAGCCUGGCAGUUUGUAAGCCAAGACCUUCCAUGUUCAAGUGUCAUUUGCCUUGCUCUUCUUAUGAGCAUGCUGUGGGAUUGAUGGUAAAAGAGCAGGGGAUUGAGUCUGCCUUCUAUUAAUAGUUUUGAUGAAAUCCAAUCCUUCUUCCGGAGUGGCAAUUGUAAAAUUUCGACCAUCCAUGUUAAAGAGAACUUUUGUAGGGAAUCCCCAUCUAUAGCGUAUCCCUUUUUGUCUCAGUUCGGUUGUGAGAUGUUGGAAUUCCCUGCGACGUCUCAUUGUGUAUGCUGAGAAGUCCUGAAAGAUCUUAAUGUUUUUGUAUUCGUCAGGAAGACCUGAUGUGCGGAUAGUACCCAGUAGUACAACUUUUAUGUGGAAAAAGUGGAGUCUUGCUAUGGUGUCCUUUGGUGCUGGUGCCUUGUUAGAUUUAGGUAGCCUAUGGAUGCGGUCUACUAGUAAGUCCAGAUUGGUAGCCUCUGGUAGAAUUGUUUUGACCAUAGUUUGAAAAUAGUUCAACAAUUCAGAUGUGUCUACAGUGUCAGGGAUCCCCCUGAUUCUGACGUUGUUGCUCCUGCUCCUGUCCUCAUAGUCAGCUAUUCUCUCUGCCUGCUGGUUGACCUGCUUUUGUAGCUCCUUAACAGUUUUUUCCAAUUCUAAAUGAGCGGAUUCUUGUGUAGAUAAUCUGUGUUCAACUGCCUCCGUGCGUUGACCAAUGUUCUCCAGGAUCCCAUACAUGUUAUCAAAAUCUUUUUUGAGAUCAUUUUUUAAGUCCACACGCAGGUCUUGUAUUAAUUGGAUAAUUAAACCAGCCGACGGUGGUAAAUCCUCAGCCAUUUCUAACGGCAUGUGAGGGUUAUAGGUCAUAGUCUUGAAACCAGUAGAAAUUGUCUUGGGAGAAAUAGUGGCCAUUUUAGUUGGAACAUUUGUGGUAUGUGCUGUAUUGGUGGCCAUCUUAAGCAUAGCUGGAGCUGGGGUCAUGCUGUCAUCCAUUUUAGUGGUGUCGGUGUUGGUGACCAUAUGAUGAAAAGUUUGGGGCACAGUAAAAAAAUCUUCCUCCAUAUCAUGCACAUUGAGGCUCUCUGCUGCCCCUUUAAGACUUACUGUGUGAGGGGAACGAGCGGAAGAGGUCCCCCCCGUCAAGUCUGACUGCCGUGAGGCAGAGGACCAUGACGGGGAACGAGACCUCCCUCCGCCCGCCUCCUCAUCCUCAGCCUGGUCUCCUUUAUAUGCUAGGGACCGGGCUGCUUUACAUGUGAGCCGCGAGCGGCUGUUAUCUCUGCUUGCUCAGCUUGCAGGAGUUGAAUGCACACGCUCCGAGCUGAUUAAAUGCUCGGAGCGGUUUUCAGACCCCCCAGGAGUCACUGUGUGUGUGGCCGCGAUCCCCCCGCUCUCAGAUCUCUGCAAGCGGGUCCCGGCCGCACUAGCAUAUGAACGGGCAUGAGAGAGGGUAUGGGAGGAGGGUGGCUGUUUCUCCGCUGACACCAAUGAAGAUUUUCCUGGCGAAAUAAGCCGCUGGGAUACUGAGUGGGGCGGGGAACGUGGGUGGGCUGGCAUGCCCUUACUCACCCCCACUGAAGUUUUAUCGAUCUUUUUUGCUGCAGGAACAUUUUUCUCCGUACUUCUUUGUUUCUGCAUGUUGAGCAGGACUUCUUAGACAGAUCUAUGUACUUUAAAAAGAUGAUUUUCGUUUGAAAAAAAUUGUUAUUAAACGAAAUUGUCCCCAAGUCUCAGGAGCUUCCCUAGAUGGUGGCCAUUAAGAUGGUGGCCAAACUCCGCCCCCCCCCCCAUGGGGGUAAUUCUCAUUCCUGGGCUACCAUACGGUCUCAAAGGCAACGUAACCAAUCUGGCAAAUUUCAAUGUGAAAAAACUGAAAAAUGUAACAUGCUAUAUUUGACCUUGUAACUUCCCAAAACACCAUAAAACCUGUACAUAGGGGGUACUGUUUUACACGUGAGACAUCGCUGAAUACAAAUAUGUGUAUUUUAUUGCAGUAAAAGCAAACAGUAUUAUGACAUUCACAGUUAAAAUGUCACGUAGAACUAAAAUAAAUUUUUAAAUUCUUAUAUUCUCCCAUUUUUUUUAUUUCAUUCAUAUUAAAUUAUGUUUCAUACCCAAAUAUUUGAUGUGACAUGAAAGCUCUGUUUCCCCUGAAUAAAAUAUUAUAUAAUAAGUGUGGGUGCACAUAAUAUGAGAGGCGAAUUACACCUGAACAGACAUAUAGUCACAUUCCUGAUUUUUUUUUUUACAUUUUGUUUUGAUCACAACGUGUACAUUUAGCUCAGUCCUUAAGGGGUUAAUAAUGUACUUUGUAAAGCAAGCCUUGUUUUUGAGCAAAGUCUGUUUAGCAAUUUAACAUUCAAUCUGUUUUUGGCCCCUGAGGAUGGCAUUUCACAGAUUCACUUAACACCUAAUACAUCAGCUGCAAAAGAGCCUGAAGAAAUGGUGGCAAAUAAAAAGAGAAAGAAGAAGAAAAAAAAUAAGCAAAGUGCAAACAAUAAUUGUCAAGAAGCACAGACCCCUCCAAACAAACAGAUUAUUGUUCAAGAGCUACCAAGAAUUCAGGUAAGGUUAACCAAUGUUGACCAAAUGCUGCUGGUAGUAGUACAUCAUACAUUUUGCAUGUCAAAUUUUGAAAGGCAACUUUUACUAUUAUGCCAGAUAUUUGCCUACUACUGUUAAUCAUGCUAAAAUACUGUUAAUCACCUCUGUUACUAUUACAUACUGUUAAUUAUUGGUCCAAUGCUAUGUGUUUUAAAAGGUAGUAUUAAUUGCCAGUAAAUUCACUUGCAGUUCUCCAAGUAGUUGAUUAUUUGCUGUAUUCCACUACAGUCUAAAUGACCAUGGUUUUAACCAACAGUGCAUGUGUAUAUGAAAAAUUUAAGAAAACCGCACACAUUUACGUGUGCUUCCUCAUGAUCCAUUAGUGCAAUAGGGUAACACAAGAAGUGUUCUUGCUUAUCUUGGACUCCAAGUAUAGGUCUCAAAAAAAGAGUAUUUCAUAACUAUAAAAUCUUUAUGAAAUACUUACAUGGACAGUGUUGGAAUUUCUAAGAAAUUACAGCGUAGUCAAAGAAUGUACUAAUGCAGAAUAUAAAACUGGAAAAUUACAUCUGCUGGGAGGUAAUAUGUGGUACAAUAAAGUGUCUUGGUGAUCAGCAGCUCAACACUUAAUGUGGAAUACCCUUUUAUCUACACUACAUAAAAUAAAAAUAUGAUACAAAAUACCUUUUUAAGUGGAGCGCUAAAUUGUUCUAUAUGGUCUGUGUAGGGGUGUUCAUAACUUACCCCACAAAUACAAUGUGAUAAUUUACUCGAAGGUACAUAAAAUGACAAAAAAUAAUAGUGCAGACAGUACAGAAUAGUUCUGGUUUGAUAUUAAAAAUAAUAAGCAAAUAAGUUUGAUAAGCAAAAAGUUAGAACCACUCACAUGUUCUGGAACCUAUAUAAUAUUGGCUCCGUAGAAUGAACCUUUUUGCUUCAUCCUAGGGAGCCAAUAUUAUAUAGGCUCCAGAACAUGUGAGUGGUUCUUGUCUCACGUUUUUGUAAAUUUUUGAUAUCUUUUUUUCAUGUGACAACACUGAAGAAAUGACACUCUGUAAAGUAGUAAGUGUACAGCCUGUAUAACAGUGUAAAUUUGCUGUCCCUUAAAAUAACUCCACACACAGCCAUUAAUGUCUAAACCGUUGACCACAAAAGUGAGCAACAAAUUGAGCCCAAUUAGUCAUUUUCCUUCCCUGGUGUCAUGUGACUCGUUAGGGUUACAAGGUCUCAGGUGUGAAUGGGGAGCAGGUGUGUUAAAUUUGGUGUAAUCACUCUCACACUCGCUCAUACUGGUCACUGGAAAAUAUAUAAUAAAAUAUUUACAAAAUAUGACAGUUAUAUGUGUGUAUGUAUAUGUAUGUAUAUAUAUAUAUAUAUAUAUAUGUAUGUGUGUGUAUAUAUGUGUGUGUAUAUACACAUACACACACACACGCUCACUACUCUACAGAAAGAAGCUCACUGACAUACAAGCUCAUUUACAAGCCGGCUUAAUAUAUAGGCUUAAAGGACCACACAAGUUUGUUUUCCUGGCAAUAUAGAGUCUUUAGGUCCCUGUCCCCCCAUCCUCAGGGUCCCACUCACACCAGGCUGAAGGGGGAGGAAGGAGUUAUUCACUUACCUUUCUCCAGUGCUGGGCUCCCUCGGCGCCAGGGAAAUCUCCUCCCUCUUCCGACAUCAGCGCUGAAUGCGCAUGCGCAGAAAGAGCCACGCGCGCAUUCAAUUGGUCCAUAGGAAAGCAUUUCUUAAUGCUUUCCUAUGGACGUCAGCGUCUUUUCACUGUGAUUUUUCACAGUGAGAAGCGCGGAAGCGCCUCUAGCGGCUGUCAGUGAGACUGCCGCUAGAGGCUGGAUUAACCCUAAUGUAAACAUAGCAGUUAACCCUAGAUGGACCUGGCACCCAGACCACUUCAUUAAGCUGAAGUGGUGUGGGUGCCUAUAGUGGUCCUCUUAAUAAAUCAAGGAUCACAAAGAUUUAUACUGGUGUAUUGUUUUAUUGUUGAGGAACCCUGCACCACUGAAGAUUUUAGAAGUUGUAUAUGACACAUCAUGAAAAGAUAUGUCUGCAAGUAGAAACAAUGUGGAGAUGGGUGUUUUUACACUUACAACUGGUAUACAGCUCUCCGCACUAAAUACUUUUAAUAGCAACUCACAACAAGUUACCAACUAACAAGUGACAAUUGCUCUUUAAUAGGACACACUAUACGGCAAAACCACUGAUAAUGCUUCUUAUAGACAAGCAUGGCAUUCAAAGUUUCUCAACGAGAAGCAUUCCAAUUAGUAGAAUGUGGAGUCUGUCACCCAUGUGCCGUAAGUCCCAGGUGAUUCUCAUAAGCCAGCAUUGAAUGGGAUCAGAGAUUAUCUGCACUGAUACUCUCAUUGGAAUUGUUUUUAUUUUUGAAGGUGCUGGCAGCACUAUAACAUUAAAAAUAAAUAUUUCAUGUAACACGUUUAUUUUAAUAUAAUUUGUUUCUAAAGUUAGCAUGUUCCUUUAACCUUGUAACUCAUUAUGGUAUGGUGUUAAACAUUCUGUAAUUUGAAUCCCACUGAUAAAUAUAAAGUUUAAAUGUAUUUUAUCUUUUAAAAAAUAAAUAAAUCAGCAGAUGUUCCUUCUUUCUUUCCACCACCCCAUAUUCCCUUUCCAUUUUAGGAUGAUGAAGAGUUUCCUGUUCUGGCAUCUCCGUUCGCUGUCCUUGGAAGCCGACAUGAACCCUUUAAGAGCCAUAGCUAUAGCCAAUCUUCUUGUCAAGGAAAGGUAAAAGGUUACCUUGCACUAGUAAUUAACAUUAAGUCAGAACCUUUUCAUUAAAAUAUGGAAAUCUGACUGCAUAGGUGAACACAACAAUUAACCACCCAGGCGUGCAAAGGACAUGUGUUGACUUUUUCUUGAGAGUCAACACAGAGGAUUCAAGACUUGACUCCCCCAGAAGUGAUGCAACGGGAGUAAAGGUUGACCAGAUAAUGACAAAGCUGAUAAAAGCUGUGGUUUUUACUAAAGUGCCACUCUAAAACUUUAGCUUUUAUAGAGGUGGUCAUACUUGCUGAUGAACAGUUAUCUCAAACAAACUACACAUCCACCUGUGUUUUAAAUGAAUAGUGCAAACAAUAAACAAUAAACAAACUUAACUUCCAGAUACACAGCUUCCCAAGGUUAUCUCCCAGCUGAUAGCCAUAUAGCAUAAAUCUAUAGAACAUAGGAAGUUUAGGGAUCCUGCUAGUGUACCUAAAACAAAGGAUAAAACAUAGCGCAAUAUUGUCUGGAAAUAUUAUAUAGCAUUGUGAUAUAUUGCACUCACAAAUUCCAGAUGAUCAGAGCGUUUUAUAGGUGCCUCCCCACGAUGUAGAUGGGAGCUUGGGUUCCUCCUUAGGUGAUAACCGUUGGAUACCUGAGCUAGUUAGAUGAUCCAAAACUCAUCAGCCAAACGGAUACUCCAAAAAACUGUAUUUUAUUCACACAUAAAAAAUAAUGGAGGUAUACAAUACAUAAAACAAAUGUAUAAAAAGUCCACCGGUCCUACGCGUUUCGUUCUUAUAAAGAACUUCCGCAGGGACCAAUUUGUAUAAAACCAAUAAUACACACAAAUCAAAAAGCAAUCUAAAAAAACGCUCUACCCUCCGUCCUCUUUAAAUAGGACUAGGACCCUUAGAGUUCAUUGGUGGGAUAGUGUGUGUCUCCUCUCCUACGGCUCCUUAUUUGUUGAUGGAUCUUUUCCUCAGAUGUAACUCUUUUACCGGCAAUCAGUUGAUUCUUCCGUGGUCUUGUCUUUUUACUUCCGCAUUAAUUAUGUAUUCUGCGUGUGUUCCAAGUCACGCUGAUCCAUCAUGGCCGUGCGUUCCAUAUUGUGGAAGGUAUACAUAGACUCCUAGUGUCCCCCCUCCCCCCCAUGGUCGCCAAGGGGAACGACUUUCACAAAUCUAAACAAGAGGGCUGUUAGACGCAUAUAUAGUAUGGCAAAUGGAUUAAUUUAUCCUUUCUAUCAAUAAAAAUAAAAAACAAACCAUAUAACAUAAAAAAGCUUCCGAUCAAAGCAUCCAACUAAUUAAACUUCAUAUUUUGUACUUAACCUUAACAUAUUUAAUCAUCAUUUUUUUUCAUAUGAUUAUAUAUUAUUACAUGUAUUGGCUUUUAUAUUUACAAUCCUUACAUGACUGACAGUGAUUUGUGAUUAUUCAUGUGAAUAUUAAUUAUAGUAGUGACAAACACCUUAUUACAUGUCCAUAUUGUGCUUUUUUUUUACAACUCUUUGUUUCAAGAAAAAAGACCUAUUUGUCCACGGUUCAUACCAUAACAACACUAUAUACCCAUGUGGAUGUUUGGAAAUUAUAUCUAUUAUAUGUCUUGCUGUUUCUAUUUCCCUCCUUGUGGGUGCUGGUGAGCUAAUUAGGGGGAGUGCCCCUUAAUUUCCACCUGUGUGGGAUUUGUAUUACCAAUAUAAACCCACUACUGACUCACAGAGCUUGCUCACUGGAGUUUGCUUGAAAGUAGGCUAUUUCAAGUAGUCUCUUUUAAGUAGGAGUUAAAACAGGAGUUGAAACUACAAGGGAGUUUAAACCAAGAGGGUAAAUAUUGUUUUUGCUCACUUGUGUUUUUUGGUAACUGGGGAUGAGUGCUAGCAAAAUUAAAAAUUUUACUCCGUGUACAUCCUGCUGCAUGUAUUAAUGCCUGGAUAAAUCUGUCCAGGGUCCAUACCUCUGUGGUGGGUGUGAGCGAGUGACUUUUCUGGAAGCUCGGAUUGGAAAUCUGGAGAGGCAAAUUGCAACACUAAGGGAGAAUGACAAUCUUGAGAGGAGUCUGCUGCUCACUGAGCAGAGUUUAGUGGAUGCAGGUAGUGGAGUGGGAGGAGAUGAGACAGUCUGAGAACAGGCACAUAGCUGGGUAACAGUGGGGCGAGGAAGCAGAGGGUGAGGGUAGAGGAAAGGUUUAGCUAGUGCAGCCUAACAGAUUUGCCCGUUUGAGUGAAGAUGUUGGGAGCAUCAGCUCAGGAGUAGCUGUACUGCAGGAAGCUGUUCAUUUUAACAUCCGUGGGAACAGCCCCUCUAGUACGGGUAGGGUUAAGAGGGUAAUGAAGUCUAGACAGGUUGUGGUGGUAGGGGACUCUAUUAUUAAGAGAGUAGAUAGGGUAAUCUGCCACUCUGAUCGACUCAACCAGACAGUUUACUGUCUUCCAGGUGCUCAGGUCUGGCAUGUUGCCGACAAAGUGGAGGCAUUAUUGGGAGGGGCUGGGGAUGACCCAGCUGUCAUGGUCCAUAUUGGUACCAAUGACAAAUUAAGAGGAAAAUGGAAGGUCCUAAAGAGUGAGUUCAGGGGUCUAGGAAGUAAGACAAAGAAAAGGACCUCCAAGGUAAUAUUUUCAGAAAUAUUACCUGUGCCGCGCGCUACAGGAGAAAGGCAGCGGGAGAUUAGAGAGGUCAAUGCGUGGCUGAAGUCUUGGUGCAGGAGAGAGGGUUUUGGGUUUUUAGAGCACUGGGCCGAUUUUGUGCUUGGGUACAACCUGUAUAGUCGUGAUGGAUUGCACCUAAACGGAAGAGGGUCUGCUGUGCUAGAAGGUUGGAGGAGAUUUUAAACUAGUAGUGGGGGGGAGGGUCAAAGCAAUCUAGAAAAUGGAGAUAGGACAGAAAUGAGAUGGGCUUUAGCUCAGAACAAAGGGGGUGGAGAUGGGGGGAGGGGAAAGCUCAGAACAGAACAGGUAUGUAAUAUUGAUAAUUCACAAAAAGUACAAAUGACUCCUGGUAAUAUUAAAUGUUUGCUUACUAAUGCAAGGAGCCCAUAUAACAAAAUGGGGGAACUAGAGGCAAUGGCAUACACUAAACAAUAUAUAUGAUAUGAUAUAUAGGCAUAACAGAAACAUGGUGGGAUGAGACUCAUGACUGGGCAGUUAACUUAAAUUGGUACACGUUAUUUAGGAAGGAUAGGAAACACAAAAAGGGUGGUGGGGUAUGUUUGUAUGUCAGCCAUGAGUUAAAGUCAAAUCUUAGGCGUGUGGAGUGUGACAAGGAAAAUGUGGAAGCUUUAUGGGUAGAUAUCUGCUUGGGGCAAACAAAGGGAAAUAAAUUAUUGCUUGGGAUAUGUUAUAAACCACCAAAUGUAAAUAUUAAUGAGUAAGAACUGCUGUUAGAGCAAAUUGAGAAAGCUGCAAAUCAGGGUAACACGUUAAUUAUUGGAGAUUUUAAUUACCCGGACAUAAAUUGGGAUAGAGGGACUAGUACUUCAGCAAGGGGAAUCCGGUUUUUGAAUGUGUAAAUUACACCUUUAUGUCACAACUGGUACAAGCACCAACUAGAAAGGAUGCUUGCCUGGAUCUUGUUAUAACAAACAAUGAUGAUCUUUUAACCAACAUUCAAGUAGGGAAGCAUUUGGGAAAUAGUGAUCACAAUAUGGUAACUUUUGAAAUAAACUCAAAAAAGAAAAAGCACGUGGGGUAAAUUAAAACCUAUAAUUUAAAAAAAGCCAAUUUUAAUAAGAUUAGGGAAGCUCUACAACAUAUAGACUGGCAUAAACUCCUUAGUGAUAAAAACACUGAGGAAAAAUGGAAACUAUUCAAACAAAUAUUAGAUGGGUACAUUUCACAGUAUGUACCAUUGGGUAAUAAAUAUAAAAGAAACAAAUUAAAACCAAUGUGGCUUAGUAGAGAAGUAAAACAAGAGAUUAAAAAUAAGAAAAGGGCAUUUAAAUCGGACAAAUCAGAGGCAUCCUAUAUAAGAUAUAAGAAAGCCAAUAAUACUUGCAAAAAGGCAAUUAAAGUGGCUAAACUAGAAAAUGAGCGAUUGAUAACCAAAGGAUGCAAAACCAACCCCCAAAUUUUUUUCAAGUACAUAAAUUCUAAAAAAACAAAAAAUGAAAGUAUAGGUAAACUGAAAACAGAGAUGGGUCUGUUAGUUAAUGAAGACCAGGAAAAGACAGAGAUUUUAAAUAACUAUUUUUCUUCAGUAUAUAUUAAUGAGGAUCCUAUGGCAAGAGAUAAACAAAUGAUUGCUGCAAAACACUUGCAGAUAACUUGUGAUUGGAUAACUCGAGACAAGGUGCUACAGCAAUUAAAGAAAAUUAAUGUAAAUAAAGCUCCGGGGCCUGACGAUAUCCACCCACAAGUACUUAAGGAGCUAAGUGGGGAAAUAAGUGAACCUCUGUAUUUAAUUUUUCAAGAUUCUUUUGUUUCGGGUAUUGUACCGGAGGAUUGGAGGAAGGCAGAUGUUGUUACUAUAUUUAAAAAGGGUUCAAAAUCCUUGCCUGAAAAUGAUAGACCUGUGAGCUUAACUUCUGUGACUGGGAAAUUAUUUGAACGGCUAUUAAGGGAUAAUAUUCAGGAAUUCAUUGGGAAGAACUGUGUUAUUAGCAAUAAUCAGCAUGGUUUUAUGAAACAUAGGUCAUGUCAAACUAACCUAAUUGCAUUCUACGAAAAAGUAAGUAGAAGUAUAGAUCAGGGUGUUGCAUUUGCUGUGAUCUACUUGGAUUUUGCCAAGGCAUUUGAUACAGUUCCUCACAAUAGGUUAGUCUUCAAACUAAAAGAAAUUGGUCUAGAUGAAUAUUCUUGUUCUUGGGUAGAACAUUGGCUUAAGGAUAGGGUACAAUGAGUUGUCAUUAAUAGUAAAUUUUCAGGCUGGACAAAAGUGGUAAGUGGUGUCCCUCAGGGUUCUGUUUUGGGACCGCUUCUAUUUAACAUAUUUAUAAAUGAUCUUGAAAUAGGCAUUGAAAGCCAUGUAUCAGUGUUUGCAGAUGACACAAAACUUGGUAAAGUAAUAAAAUGUGAGCAGGAUAUUGCCUUGCUGCAGAGGGAUUUGGAUAGAUUGGGGGACUGGGCACUAAAAUGGCAGAUGAAAUUUAACGUAGAGAAAUGCAAAGUUAUGCACUUCGGGGUUAAGAAUGCACAAGCAAUUUACACCCUAAAUGGUAGUGAACUAGGGAUAACCACACGAGAAGGAUUUGGGAAUUGUUAUAGACAACAAAUUAGGCAGCAAUAUGAAAUGUCAAUCUGCCGUUGCGAAGGUCAGUAAGGUUUUGUCAUGUAUAAAUAGGGGCAUAAAUUCUCAAGAUAAAAAUAUAAUUUUGCCUCUUUAUAAAUUGCUGGUAAGACCACACCUUGAAUAUGCUGUGCAAUUUUGGGCACCUGUUCUAUAGAAAGAUAUCAUGGCUCUAGAAAAAGUGCAGAGAUGAGCUACAAAAUUGAUAAAAGGAAUGGAGCAUUUUACUUAUGAAGAUAGGUUAAAAAAUUUAAAUCUCUUUAUUUUUGAAAAACAGCGCCUGAGAGGGUAUAUGAUAACAUUAUACAAAUCUAUUCGGGGCCAGUACAAAACAUUAUCUGGAAAUCUAUUCAUAAACAGGGCUAUACAUAGGACACAAGGUCACACAUUUAGGCAGGAAGAAAGGAGAUUUCAUCUAAGGCAAAGAAAAAGUUUUUUUACAGUAAGCGCAAUAAGGAUAUGGAAUUCUUUGCCUGAAGAGGUGGUUUUGUCAGUCUAUAUAGAUGUUUAAACUGCAAUUGGAUAAAUACUUGCAAAAACAUAACAUACAGGGAUAUAAUUUCUAAUAAGUGGGGUAAUAGCUGCUUGAUCCAAGGAGACACCUGACUGUUAUUUUGGGGUCAAGAAGGAAUUUUUUCCUAGUUUGUUGCAAAAUUGGAAGCGCUUCAGACUGGGUUUUUUGCCUUCUUUUGGAUCAACAGCAAAAACAUAUGUGAGGAAGGCUGAACUUGAUGGACGCAAGUCUCUUUUCAGCUAUGUAACUAUGUAACACGUAAAUUGUCAAAAAUGUCUAAAACCUCUCCAAAGAUCUAAAAAUAAAAUUAAAAAAAGUGGAGUAAAAAUCAGAGGAAAAAAAUAAGUGGAGGAAAGAAAAUCUUUCUUUGAGAUCUCUGGAGAGGUUUUAGAAAUAUUUGACAAUUUAUUUUUUUCAUAUAAUUUUCAACCAUCCACAUGGGUAUACAUUAUUAUGGUAUGAACCAUGGACAAAUGUCUUUUUUCUAGAAACAAUGAGUUGUAAAAAAGCACAAUAUGGACAUGUAAUAAGGUGUCUGUCACUACUACAAUAUUCACAUGAAUAAUCUCAAAUCACUGUCAGUCAUGUAAGGAUUGUAAAUAUAAAAGCCAAUACAUGUAUUAAUAUAUAAUCAUAUGAAAAAAAUGAUGAUUAAAUAUGUUAAGGUUAAGUACAAAAUAUGAAGUUUAAUUAGUUGGAUGCUUUGAUCGGAAGCUUUUUUUAUGUUAUAUGGUUUGUUUUUUAUUUUUUUUAGUUUUAUUGAUAGGAUAAAUUAAUCCAUUUGCCAUACUAUAUAUGCGUCUAACAGCCCUCUUGUUUAGAUUUGUGAAAGUCGUUCCCCUUGGCGACCAUGGGGGGGAGACUGGGAGUCAUUGUAUACCUUUCACAGUAUGGAACGCACGGCCAUGAUGGAUCAGCGUGACAUGGAAUGCACGCGAAAUACGUAAUUAAUGCGGAAGUAAAAAGACAAGACCACGGAAGAAUCAUCUGAUUGCCGGUAAAAGAGUUACAUCUGAGAUAAAGAUCCAUCAACAAAUAAGGAGCCGCGGAAGAGGAGACACACACUAUCCCACCAAUGAACUCUAAGGGAUUAGCCCUAUUUAAAGAGGACUGAGGGUAGAGCGUUUUUUAGAUUGCUUUUUGAUUUGUUGUGUGUUUAUAAUUGGUCUCUGAGGAAGUUCUUUAUAAGAACGAAAUGCGCAGGACCGGUAGACUUUUUGUACAUUUGUUUUAUGUAUUGUAUACCUUCAUAUCUUUUAUGGGUGAAUAAAAUACCGUUUUUUGUAGUAUCCGUCUGGCUGGAGAGCUUUGGAUAAUCUAACUAGCCCAGGUACCCAACGGUUAAAACCUAAGGAUGAACCCAAGCCCCCUAUCUACAUUGUGGGGAGGCACCUAUAAAACGCUCUGAUCAUCUGGCAUUUGUGAGUGCAAUAUAUCACCAUACUUUAUAAUAUUUUCAGACAAUAUUGCGCUAUGAUUUAUCCUUUGUUUUAGGUACACUAGCAGGAUCCCUUAACUACCUAUCUUCUAUAUAUUGAUUAACAGUUAUAGCAGCAUCUGUUUGCUACUUAUGCUCUUAAUUCCUAUGGAAGCAGUAAGGGUGUACUUAGUUUUCCACAUUUGUUUACUUUAUUUUUGUUAAAUCCUGACACAGUGUAAUAUGUCAUGUGUUGCUGUUAAUCUGAGGUUGUGUUUAGCUAAUUUUAAAAGAUUGUGGUUAUGUCCUGGUAUGUAAAACCAUAGAAUCCAAAGAGGGUGUAUUUUAUUUUUCCCAUGACUGUUCGUAAAGAAAAUAUUAAAAAUCCUGGAAUGUGACAGUUCCCCAUUAAGCAAUUUUGCCAUUUUUUUCCUGGUAUUGCAUUAACCUGGCUGAGAAAAUACAUACUUGCCAAAUAGUGAGUUAAAUGCAGAAGUCCUAGCUUGAACUAUGCUUGGUAUUAAAGGAAUACUCAAUGGAAAACCUUUUUUGGUUUUAAACAAUUUAUUAAAUGUACCCCCAAAUGAAAACAUGCAUGCAUUUAUUGCGUCAGUUUUUUCAUUGUGGGUAUAUCUAAAAACCUAUUAGGAAAAAUGGUGAGCUCUAUGAUGCAGGCUUUAUAAAGGAAUAACCCUUGGUAGAAAUUGAUUUGCUAAAUUUGAGAAUUGCCCAUGUGUAAAUACAAAUAGAGGUAAAGAUUAAAACUUAUCUUUUAUUUGUUAUAUUUAAAAUUAAAGGAAAAGAUCUUUAAAUAUCACACAGUGAAAAGAAGGUACUAUCGUGAAGAAAUAGAUAACAUUGAUAGACCCUAUAAAAAAGCACCAUAACCACAAUAUUCGUAUAUUAGAGCAUUAUCUGAAUCCAUGUAAUCCUAUUCUUACUACAAAUACUAAUUUUCAUUACCACAACAAAGCCUAUACUUUAGGUACUUAUUUAUUUUAAUCCCCAUGACCAAUUCUGUUUUGAGGAUCUAUUUUUACACAGAGUACUUCAAAUUAUACCCUGACUGGCUUUAAUAAAAUGACCAACAGGAUUUAAUUCCUUAGACAUCUAUAUAAUAAUUUUAUGUGUUCACAACAUUUAAUACAAUACACAACAUUGUAAGAACAUUAUCUAAUAUUUCAUAAACUCUGGUUCAUUAUAACAAAAUCGGGGCUCGGCUCACAAGAUUUACGUCGGCAUCCUAAUGAUUUUGAGUUCUUUACUUCCCCCUGACAACAAUUUGCCGGUUGAGCGGUUCACAUUUAUAUGAUACUUGAGUGUAGCCGGCGUUAUACUGAGCCAGUAUUACCUGAUAUUAAUCAAGAUAGGAGCUGCUUCGAUUCUAGGUGCUUAGAUUUACUUAAAUGAUAGGUGCCCCUGAAAGAGACAGUCACCAGUCUAUAGACAGAGAGAUUUAGUGUACUGAAUCUUAGACACUUAUUAUUUAAAGCAAAUAUGUGCCCUUGAAGGCACAGCAUAUGUAUUUACUUUCUAACAGACAGCUAAAUAUAUAGGCUGCAUAGUCAGUAGGUUUACCUAAUGUAAAACUAGGUGCCCAUGAAGGCACAGUUUAGAACCUCUGCUAUAUCACUAUUAUAUCACUAUUAGCUAUACCUGGAUAGCUCCAUAUCAUUUAGGUCAAUACAAUAUGGACUAUUUAAAGGAUCACUAUAGGGUCAGGAACACAAACAUGUAUGCCUGACCAUAUAGUGUUAACACCACCAUCUAGCCUCCAUGGGCCCCUCAUGCCUCCAUACAUAUAGUAAAAAUCUUACUGUAUUCAAUCCUGAAGCUGUAACUCUGCAUGCUGUUAGACUCAGAAAAACAAACAGUCUGCUGACAUCAUCAGAAGUGGUAGCCUGAUCCAAUCACAGUGCUUCACCAUAGGAUUGACUGAGACUGACAAAGGGGCAGAGCCAGCAUGAUUCAAACACAGCCCUGGCCAAUCAGCAUCUCCUCAUAGAGAUGAAUUGAAUCAAUGUAUCUCUAUGAGGAAAGUUCAGUGUCUGCAUGCAGAGGGAGGAGAUAUAGAAUGUUUGGAUGCAUUUUAGGCAGCUAUGACCCAGGAAGGAUCUCUAACAGCCAUCUGAGUAGUGGCCAGUGAAGUUAUCACUAGGCUGUAAUGUAAACACUGCAUUUUCUCUGAAAAGACAGUGUUUACAGCAAAAAGCCUGACGGUAAUGUUUCUACUCACCAGAACAAAUUCAAUAAGCUGUAGUUGUUCUGGUGACUGUAGUGUCCUUUUAAUAUAUGUUUUACUCUUUGAUACGCUAGUUUAACUAGCUACUCCCAUCUCUGGACACUACCUUUGACUGUCUAUUUACUCUAUAACAUUUUGUUAUUCUUUCAUAAUAGCAACUACAAGAUAUAUAUGUUGCCAUUUUCUACAAAGAGUUUGUCUGCUACAUAUAUAUAUAUAUUUUUCUAUUUUCUUUCUUUUUUUUUAUAAGGUCUAUCAAUGUUAUAUAUUUCUUCACGAUAGUACCUUCUUUUCACUGUGUGAGAUUUAAAUAUCUUUUCCUUUAUUUUAAAUGUAACAAAUAAAAGAUAAGUUUUAAUUUUUACCUCUAUUUGUAUAUACCUGUCGGCAAUUCUCAAAUUUAGAAUUUAGAGUUAGAGGCAGGGGCGCUCUAGCAGAGCACGCCUUAAACAUCUGUUAGCACUGUGGAACUGACAGAAUUGGAAAGAAAACCUCACUGGCAAGACUUUUAUUUGGGGGAUAAGGCAAGUGAACUCUAGCAGAGCACAACUGAUCCAUCAGAAGGAAAACCUCCCCAGCUGUUUGCAAAGAGGAGAUGCUUUAUGUGUGGGAAGUGUCCCUUUAAUUCCCACUAGACAGCAUAUUGACUUAUUCACUCUGUGUGGUUGUCUUUAUACAUUUUUCUUUUUUUUUCUUUUCCCCCUAGGACACAGGAAAACCCAAAGGCAGUGGCAAAAAGAGUAAAGCACCCGUCCAGCUAGAUUUGGGUGGCAUGUUGGCAGUACUAGAAAAGAAGCAAAAUACGGAGAAAACAAAGCAGUCCACUAAGCCUGUAGUGUUUUCUGGUACAGUUAAUGUUAAAAUUCUUAGCUUUAUGUUAUAAUAAUAAUAAAAAAAAAAAGAAAAAAUGCAAAAUGUUUUUAUCCCAAGGUCAAUGAAACUGAUCCUGUUCUGCCACAAUGUACUGUAUGUACUCUGCUUCAAUUUUUUUUUUUUUUAAAGUAUUUGAUUUGACUUUGUCCACAUAUACAUACACACAAUGCACAAAAAAGGCAGUUUGCAGAUACGAUUACCCACCCUUCUCCCCCCCGCACCCUGCGGUUACGGGAAAAAACACACCCGGAUAAGCUCAAAGCUCACAACCACCCACGCAAGCAACAGCCACUUCUCGCAACAUACCGACCAGUAAAGCUAGGGCAUCACCGCACAAGUAGCGGCAGGUCGUACUCCUUACCACAAAGCCUCAUGCACACAGCCACCACACUAUGCAAUACGCACCUAGAUCUACCCCCUAGGGCAACGCACCUCACGUGGGAGAUAAUACCCCCUGCCGACUCACUUUUAGUAGAGGCCAGACCUCACUCACUGUUAGUAGAGCCACAAGGAGGCAGAGGGCACAUAAGAAUGGAGGAGAAAAGGUAAAUGGGUUGCAUUAAACCUGUAUUAUCUGAAAGAUGCACCAGUCUAACUGAUUCUCCUGCCUAUGACACAAGGGGAAUGUAUUGUUGCUCUAAUGUCGGGGUGCCAGAAGGCCAGUAGUCCCAUAACACUACCUGCUAGUCUACAGUUUAUGCCCGAUUAGAUUUUUGCCUAGGUAUCUCCUGCCAUUUCUUUUCCUACAGCGUGCCACUAUUUACUACCACUCAUGACCUCCUGUACUUAGAGCCUGUCUGAAAAGCUUAGCCUGAUAUAACUCGCUGUGUAUUCUUUAGCCUCUAAAAUUGUUUGUAUGCAGCACAGACUAGGCUCUGUCACUUUGCUUAGUGGUAUCUGCAGGAUCAGUGCUCAUCUUACAUUACCUGUUCUAUUAUUUUUAACUUUACAAACAUGAGAAUCCUGUCAAGCUAUUUAUUGUACCAGUAAACUUUCCGUGUUACCUUUACAUGUUAACCAAAACCCCCCAAAAAGUGCAGUGAUAUUAAGAGCCAUACCUAGAAAAGCAAAAUAGUAACCCUGUAUUUUUUAUUCUAUGUCUCCACCAGCUUGUACACAAAUUCAUGCACUGCAAAAAUAAUUAUAAAAAAUAAAAAAAAAGCAGUUUGUGUUUCCUCUUAUAUAUAAUUUUCCAUAAUUCUGUGUUUAAUACUAUGUUUACCAGACACUAGAUUCUCCCCUUAACACAGACUCUGUGAACUGGUGCAUACCGAGAAUGUUCUCUUACAUGGCUAUUCUAAAAGACAAAAAGCUACCAUAUCAGUGGUGGAAGGAUUCAUUUCCGGCUUUGGAAGACAAGAUUGUCUUUGCAAAAUUUAUUCUCCUAAAGUGACACGAAGAUAUCCAUCUAUUAAACUUUGUGUGUGAUGUACUAAAUAAGGAAUGCUGAGGCCAAACAUGAUAACACUCCCUACAAAUUUAUAAAACAAAUUCAUAAAUUACAAAAAAGUGACAGUUCCUCAUUUCCAGCUAUUGCAGAGGUUGCCACAGUGAAUUACGCAGCAGAGGUAAGUAAAACACUUACCCCCCACAGCAUUUCCUAAAUGCAGCAACUUCACCAUCCCACGAUGCCUUGGGUGUCUGCAUACACACUCUGGCAUAUAGCUGAGAAAUGCCAUAUGCAUGCAAGUGCACUUGACUUUGCCCAGCAAAGCAUGUCCAUUAAUAUAUUUAAUAAUAAUAUUAAUGUAAAGAUUUGUAUUAAACUUUUAACACAACCAUAUGAGGAAGGAACCGUACCAAUCCACAUUCGAGUGAAUUGAUUCAUUCAGGAUUUACCAGUAGAGUCUUAUUCAAUGAAUCCAAGGAUUUUGAUUCGGACAAACCAGCCAAAAUAUGUUUUUGCACUUUAAUUUGCAGCAAUACUCAUUAUGAAAGCUGUAGCGGAUCAGCUGCAGAUGCUCUUUCAUUGUUACUGCUUUCAAAUAGCUUUGUUUUUAAUAUGAAAUUAGUACACGGAACCUAACUAACUCUAUUCACAUGUCUGUUACAUGUAAAAGCAAGUUACUAAGUGCAUGUAGCAGAGAGUAUCUGUCAGUAACACUGGCAGCCUACAUUCUUCAGUGUGACUUAUUGUGCCUCCUUUGCAGGAAAUACAAGGGCAUUUACCUUUACAAAUAUAUCCAUUUUAGUAAACAAGUAGAUUGUGUGCUUUUAAUAAAACCGCUAAAGUGGGAAAAUUACAGUGGUCUGUUGUAUCUCUUUUUUUAAAGUAGUUUUUCAAAAACCUUAACCAUGAAAUUUCUUUUACAAUGCUCUAUAAUGAAUCUUUUAAAGCAGACUGUCCUAUAAUAUUGUUUGUAUAACUAUUUGAAUAAAAUUAGUUCAUCUUGUUGAUUUGGAAAGGUUUUCAAAUAUAUUCUCUCAUAUAUUUUACCUUGUAUUUUAGUUGGAGGUGGUAUGCCUGUGGUAACCAGAGAACCAGCCACUACAACAAAACACCAGCAGUUGAAACCAGGCCCAGGACCACACAACCCACUGGAUUCUAGUGCUCCAAUGGUCAAGAAGGGAAAGCAGAGAGAAGUUCCCAAAGCCAAGAAACCAACAUCCCUUAAAAAGGUAUAUGCAAUACUAUAAUUCCAAGAUUCGAUAAAUUAACACAUAAAUAGAUGUUGAUGUGUUAUCGUGUGCUAGUUCCAUAAAUUUUCAGUUUGUUGCACACACAAAAAAUAAUUCAUAAAAUGUCCUUGUCUUUUCAGAAGCCUGAUCAGUGCAUUCAGAAAAAAUGAAGGUCUCUUUACUUUUUCAGUUGUUUUAUGUUGCGGCCUGUGACAGUUUGGUUUUUGCUCUACUAUGCAUUCACCACUGUAAGACCUUAUAUAGACAGGCAUGUGCCUUUUCAAAUGAUGUCCAAUCAAUUGAAUUUGCCACAGGUGUAGAUGUAUAUCGUAGAUGAUCCAGAUAAAUGGGCUGCAACUUAGCUAAAUUUCAAGUGUCAUAGCAAAGGGCUUGAAUACUUAUGUCUGUGUGACAUUUCAGUUUUCUUCUUUUUAAUAUAUUUGGUGUCAAAAAUAUGUUUUUUGAUUGUUGUUCUGGGGUAUUGUGUGUGUACAUCAAUGUGAAAAACAAAUAUUUAAAUUUGUAGCAUAAGUCUACAGCAUUAAAUAUGAACAAAAUGAAGGGAUCUGCAUACUUUCCUAUUGAGCUGUACAUUCUGAUCUAUUUCUAUGGAAAUGCAAGCAAAACAAUUUAUUCUAAAGAGACAAGGAUAGAGUAAAAAAAAAGACACAAUGCACAAUUCUAGUAAGUGCUGCCACACCUAAAAUCUAUACUGUAAAGUGUUAUUGUACCCUGCAGAGAAGAUGUGUAGUAUACUCCGUGCCCAAAGCCCACUAUUAUUUUUUUAUUUUUUUUAUGCCUAGCUGCUAGGUGGCAUCUAUAAUGUUUGACCUACAAAGGUUGCUGCCAUUUAUAGUGCUUCUCAUGAGAUGCUAAGAGACUAAAUUGAGCUUUGGCAUAUAGUUUGUUUACCUCAUUUCUGAGGUAUGACUGAGGAUUUUCCGAAAUUCCCUGCAUUUUGGAACGCAGACUUUUUGGCACUUUUGAUAGUUUUUUUUGUUUCCACCAUAAUUUAACUUUUUCUAUUUAAGUGAAUCCAUACAUACUAUUUAUCGGGGCUCAACAAUUCAAAUCCUACACUACUAGACAGACCUAAAAGUUGAGGCUUCCUGGCACACUAACUAGGAGUGAAUUACUACUCACCAGGGCUGACUCUUCUACGAUAUAUAAUGUUUUUAUUGAAAAACAGUACAAUAUUAUACCACCAACAACCAUGUAAAGUGGGUACAUAACAUGGCUAGUUAAUGUGUAAUUAACCAAAAUCAUCUGUACAGUGGGUGGGAAUGUGCAUAAUAGAACAUCAAAAAUGGUAUUGAUCCCAUGCUCUUCAGGAAUUGUGCAAUGUGUCCAUAAUCCUGUGGGACAUCUCCUCAUGGUUGCAUUUGGCUUGCAAAGAAUCAAUGAGUGGGCAGGCUGGAGGAGUCUCUGGGGAUUUCCAGUGCUUAGCUAUACUAGUUUUUGCUGUGACCAGAAUAUGUAAAACCAAAUGUAUGUUUCAGUUUAAGUUCGUUGGGGAGUAUAUGGAGCAGAAACGUUUGGGAUAACCAGGGAAGUACUUACCCCGUAACAUCCAAAAUAAGCCUUUGCACAGCCUCUCAGUAUGCCACACUUUUAUUACAGUUCCAAAAAAUAUGUAGAGGUGUACCAGUUAAGGAAUUGCAUCUCCAGCAUGUUGGAGAGACUCCCAGAUAAAUAUGGGCCAAGCAGCUGGCACCAUAUGCCAAUGGAAAAGUUGUUUGACUUUCAGUAGCAGAGACAUUUGGAGACUCAACAUAAAUUUGGUGCUGCAGCGUGCCACUGUGCACGGGAGAAGGUAUGUUUACGCUUGACCACCAUAUAGCAUAGCGUGGUUUCUUAGGGAGAGCAGUGUAAGAAGAAAGUUUUAGAAUGUAGGUAAUAGUUCAAGAUAUCUUGAGGGCCCAAGCAAAGUCUCUGGAAGUGUUAAGGCCGAAGGUGUCCGCAGAGAGGACUUGAGAGCAUGUUUAUUCUUUAUUGGAAGGUUUUUCAAGCAUAUACAACAGAAUCAAUAGAACAUCUCACUUCAUAAAAGCAAACUAUUGCACAUACAUUGCAGUAUUUUUGGAGGCAAAAGUAGGUAAAAAGGCAUCUGCAGAUUUCAAUAGGUAGGUUUGUGAGUGUUCUGUGACUGUAUUAAUGCAAUUUUGCGAAAAGUAAAAUAAGUUUGAAUAGGCCGACCAUGGGGACAAAAAAUCCAAUGACAAUUUGAGUAGUUUUAGGAUUGAAAAGUAACUGCUUGUCAGCUGGAAUAAGCUUUUGACACCAAACCUGCCAUACACAGAGGGACUGGAUUGUGGAAACUAAGGCCAUGGGAAGAGAUGGCCAAAGAUGUUUGUCAACCUAUAUAAUCUAGCGUCUAGGGAGUAAGGAAGUUUGACACAUGGUGUGGCAUUGUAGGAUUAGAAAAAUCAACGAGUCUGGUUUAAUAUUGGUGCAUAAUAGUAGAUCUGAAUAUCACAUACAUCCUUCCACCCUUUCCCCCCUGCAAAUACAUAUUUAAUUUUAAUGGUGAUUUUCACAGGUAUUGUGUGUUUUUACUACUUUAAAGAUCUCCAAUUUGUAUUCUGCCGCUUUUACUGUGUGAGUGCAGCGGUAACCCACAUAUGCCUGCCAACUUAUAGGGUCAAAUUGGAAAUAUUUCUGUACACUAAUUUAGACAUACCUCUUUGUUCAUUUUCUUUCCAGAGAAGCUGUUUGUUGAAGUGAUCCUAUCUGUGUUACCAUUCUGACUAACAUCAAUAUUUGUCUAUAUUAUUAACCAUAACCCGAACAAAAGCUAAUGCGAGCAAUGCACUUCUUAGUUGUGGAUUACGCUGUGUGAUCAUUACGAGAGACAAUUACAUGCCUUAUGUAAGGUUGCACAAUUUGGUUACAUUAUGCCAAACAAGAUCUAUUACAGAGCUUAACAUGUAUGUAUGCUUUGUAUACCAUAACAUUAUAAAUGGCAAUAAUAAUAACAUAAACAAGCUUGCGAAUAUACAUGUACAGUUACUUUGUGUACCACUACACUAACCAGUUACCAGUCUAGUUAUGCUUGUACAGUCUAUAGAAACAUAGAAUGUGAUGGCAGAUAAGAAUCUAGUCUGCCCAAUAUUUCAAAAUACUUUUAAUUAGUCCCUGGCCUUAUCUUAAGUCUAGGAUAGCCUUAUGCCUAUCCCACGCAUGCUUAAACAUGCUUAAACAUGCUUAAACUCCCUCACUGUGUUAACCUCUACCACUUCAGCUGGAAGGCUAUCCCAUGCAUCCACUACCCUGUCAGUACAGUAAUAAUUUCUGAAAUUAUUUUUUUUUGAAUUCUUUAUUUUUCACGUGCACAAGGUGACACAACCAGCUUGAAACGCCACAACAGCUGUGUCAAGCGCAUUAACAACAAUCGUUUUAUGUUCAUACUGUGGUUUCGUAUAUAAACUGCACAUUUUAUAUUUAAUUAUUGUUAGCCUUGAGGACAUUCUCAUUCUUGUUUCGUAUAGUAGGUAAUAGGUAGUGUAGUGGAUAAGCUAGAGCGUGUGUGCUCUUCUAGCCUCUUGUGUGUUCGUUAGUGAAGUGUCUGUGGAGAACUUGGUUUUGUGCGUGUCUAGCAUGUCUGGUCUGGCUAUGGGCGGUUUGUGAUAAACGCAUGCCUGAGAGGGUAAGGUGGCUGGUGGCCUGUCGUGUGGGUUGCUGUCCCUUGUUACCCUGGGAGAGGCGUUUGUUGGCCUGGUCUCUGUGGUGGGUCUGACCUUUGUGGUAGGUCUGCAUUAUAUACUAAGUGCUCUGAUGUGGAAUGCUGUGGAUACUGUGUGUUUUGGUCUGAGGCCUGGGAUUGUGUGUCUACGCUGGUGAUAGGAAGUAAAAAGCAAGCAUAAAAAACAACAACAGAUAGCUUGUGCACAUUAACUGUUAAGCCAUACUGUAGUCCGAGUCCGUAAGUGUUUUGCCGUUUGCCGUCACGGCCUUCGAUUAUAGGAGUCAACAUUUAGCGUUCGAGUAGGCACUGCCGGGUCCUGGCUGCGGCUGGUGGAGGUUCGGGAGAGUAGUGGCCACCUGUGGAGGACCUCGCUUGGGGUGAUGGGCGGUGUGCCGAAUGUCCCGAUUUUGGGGGUCGUGUCUGCCUCUGGUUGUGGAGAGAAGUCUUGGGUGAGUGUGGGUGUCAUGAGGUCCGGAAACCUCCUCAGUCGUUGGGGGUUCUAGCAGGGAAGUGUGUACCACUUCUGGUUGACCAGCUUGUGUGGGAAGAUGGUCUAGGUCGCAUUCUUUUCAGCUCAGGUGGUGGUGGUUGCAGCUUGUGUGUUGCCCCUUCCCUGUGGGACUAAUGGGGUUAUCUUGGCCAGGUCCCAGCGGUAUGUUACCCCAGGGUUCCCCGGGGCUUCCCUCUCAUGCAGCUCCGCCGGUGGCAGUCCCAGUGAAGGCAGAAGUGCCUUUGCGCCCUGGAGGUCUGAGACGAGGUGAACGAUUUUCUUAUGCAGUACCUGUAGUGCGCGCUGUCGACGCCAGCGGUAUGUAAUUUGGUGCGUCCGGAGCAGAGCGGUGAAUGGUUGAAGGGUCUUACGCCAUUGUAAUGUUGCCCCUGACAGGUCGGCGUAGAAGGACAAGUCCAUAUUUUCAAAUCUAUAGGUGGCUGAGCCCUUUAAGGCUGCGAGGAGCGCCAAUUUAUCCGCUGUGCUCCGAAAUCUCACCACGAGGUCUCGGGGUGCCGCUUCUGGCGCCCUCCGGGGUUUAGGGAUCCGGAAGGUCGCCUAUAUGCCGUUGUAUUUGGCCUGUUUGGUGGGUAUUAGGUUUCCCACGAGUCUCCUCACGAAGUGUGGGAGUUCUUCUGUGGGGACAUCCUCCGCAACUCCUCGCACUUUCAGGUUAUCACGUCUCCUGGAGUCUUCUAGCGCUGCAAAGCGGUGUUCUGUUUUGGCUUGCUGUUGUUUAAGAGCACUUAUCUCUUGUUUGAGCUCCGCUAGUUCGUGCGAGUGUUGUGUGGCCGUUAGUUAUGCUGCAUCUAUGCGGCCUACCAGGCCUGUGAGGUCCGCCCGCAGUAGUGCUACGUCUGUCUGUAAGGCCUUCUGUAGGUCCCCCAGCAUAACUUUCAGCAGAGAUGCCGUGACAGGUUCCGAGUAUCCCGGAAUCUUGUUCGGUUGUGGCUGCUUGCCAGUGGGUAAGUUGUUGAUGGUUUCCUCUGCGUCGAAGUCCCCAGAGGAGUCAGAGAAUUCCUCAAGCUCGGCAGCCAUAUUGGGUCCGCACGCACCUUUUGCCUGACGGAAUAAGUCGCCUAUGAUGGACCCUGGUUUGGGGCGAUCUGGUUUCAGCUUUUUUGUUUUUCUUCCCAUUGUUGUUGUGGGCAGCUAGAUCUUUGGAUCUGAGGUUAGUAUCCCCUAAAUCCGUUGGAUUUCGUUGUUCUGCCUCGGAGCCUCUCUAGUAUGCAACCGCUCUGUUCCACCAUCAAGCUCCGCCCCCCCUGAAAUUAUUUUUAAACCUUUGCCCCUCUAAUUUAAGGCUCUGUCCUCUUGUUGUGGUAGUUCUCCUUCUUUUAAAUAUAGUCUCCUCCUUUACGGUGUUGAUUCCCUUUAUGUAUUUAAAUGUUUUUAUCAUAUCCCCCAUGUCUCGUCUUUCCUCCAAGCUAUACAUGUUAAGAUCCUUUAACCUUUCCUGGUAAUUUUUAUCCUGCAAUCCAUGAACCAGUUUAGUAGCCCUUCUCUGAAACCUCUCUAAGGUAUCAAUAUCCUUCUGAAAAUACGGUCUCCAGUACUGCGUACAAUACUCCAAGUGAGGUCUCACCAGUGUUCUGUACAAUGGCAUGAGCACUUCCCUCUUUCUACUGCUAAUACCUCUCCCUAUACAACCAUGCAUUCUGCUAGCAUUUCCAGCUGCUCUAUUACAUUGUUUUCCUACCUUUAAGUCAUCUAAAAUAAUUAUUCCUAAAUCCCUUUCCUCAGAUGUUGAGGUUAGUAGGGUUAUUAAAUUAACAUAUUACACUGUCUGCUUUUAUGCAUGUGUCAUAACACCAAAUAGAACAUGUUUGCCCUCCUCAUUGACUUUGAAUUUGCCAGCACUCUAUUUUUGUGUCUUACACCGUGUACAAAUCCUUCUCAACUUUGCCUCUCCCUACUCCUCCUGACUUAUCUCCUUCUACUCCAUUACUCAUCCUCUCUGCUUCCUUGCUUCCACGUGCACUCCACUCAUUCUGUUCCAUUAAUUUCCACUCCUACCUCAAUGUUUAUCUUAUGUUUCAAUUCCCAUUAACAUCAUAAAGAAACACAUUUUGACUUACUCAAUAAAGUGAGAACUACUAGGAAUUCAAAAUUAAUUUUCAAAUUUAAGGUCAAAUUAGCCAAACUGGAAGCAUAGCUCACUUGGAGAAUGUUUCCAGUUUGGCUAUUCUUACCUUAAAUUUUAAAUUCAGUUUGAAUUCCUGAUGAUGUUCACUCUCUUAUCCCAUCAUUUUAAUAAUUUAGUUGAUUCUUUGUAGUUAUACAAGUAUAAAUCUCUGCUUUUUCAUUUUGAUAUUUUGACAUUGUUGCAUUUUUAAAUGAAUACGUUUUUAUUUUUAAGAUUAUUUUGAAAGAGAGAGAGCAGCGGAAGCAGCUUAGAUCAUUGACACAAGAAACCACAGCAUCAGGUGAAGAAGGAAGUUUUUUGCCAUGUGAACCUAAGACACUCUCUCCUGAUGCUCCACCUUUUGUCCCUGAGACUGGUAAAUAUAAAAAAGGAUGAUAAUUGCUUGUCUGUGUAUGCCAUUUUCUAAUCAGUUGCUUGAAAUGCAAAUAUCUUAUCCAUUUGUAUUGUAAGGUAGUUUCUAGCAGCACAUGUUUAAUCAGCAAAAAAUAAAAGGCUACAUAUUGUAGUAUAUGGCACUACAUAUUUCAUAUGACUGCUACUUUCUGACUUUGAUGAUUUUGGGUGGACACAGAUCAUGAUGGGUAAUAUACGUUCUUCUCAUAUAUUUUAAGACAAAGAUGCCAUUAAAGGAGCACUAUAGGGUCAGGAACACAAACAUGUAUUUCUGACCCUAUAGUGUUAAAACCAUUAUCUAGCCCCCUUAUCCCCCGCUUGCCACUCUAAAUAUAGUAAUAUCUUACUUGUAUUCAAGUCUGAAGCUGCUGCCUCUGCUUGUGAAUUGUCUGUCUGCUGACAUCAGAAGUGGUGGUCUUAGCCAAUCACAAUGAUUUCACAUAGGAUUGGCUGAGACUGUCAAGGAGGCAGAUCAGGGGCAGAGCCAGCACAAGUCAAACACAGCCCUUGCCAAUCAGAAUCUCCUCGUAGAGUUGAACUGAAUCAAUGUAUCUCUAUGAGGAAAGUUCAGUGUCCAUGCAGAGGGUGGAGACACUGAAUGGCAGUACUGCUUACUCUGUAGCACUGCCCAAAGAAGCAGCUUUAGCAGCCAUCUGAGGAGUAGCCAGUGGAAUUAUCACUAGACUGUAAUGUAAACACUGCAUUUUCUAUGAAAAGACCAUGUUUUCAGCAAAAAGCCUGAAGAUAAUGAUUCUACUCACCAGAACAAAUUCAAAUUCAAUAAGCUGUAGUUGUUCUGGUGACUAUAAUGUCCCUUAAGGGGAAACACCCCCAUUCCUACCAAACUAGAAUGUAGAGCAGGCCAUUGAAUCACAUUGGAUAGUCCCACAAAAUUCCUGAGGGUACAGCUACAGGAGAGGAACAUCCAUUACCCAUCUUGUCCUAUAUCCACUCAACCCCAAAAUAAUCUAAGUUAGAAAGUAGCAGUCAUGUGGAAUAUAUAUAUAUAAUCUACAGGAACAAACUGAACUUCCAAUGAUUGUUUCUUAUUGUAACAGAAAAGGUGAAAUACUUGACAAACACCACUAAUGUUGAGGAACAACCAGGGGAUACCACCAAUGCUGUCGCUUCCCUUUCACAUGAGAACCCUGCAGUCCCCAAAAUUCACAGCAGGAGAUUUCGAGAGUAAGUAAUUAGAGCAAACCUUCACAGAUGUAAUACAUAGAUCACACACAAAUGCAAAAAAAAAUAAUAAUACAUUAAAGGGACACUAUAGUCACCUGAACAACUUUAGCUUAAUGAAGCAGUUUUGGUGUAUAGAACAUGCCCCUGCAGCCUCACUGCUCAAUCCUCUGCCAUUUAGGAGUUAAAUCCCUUUCUUUAUGACCCCUAAUCACACCUCCCUGCAUGUGACUUGCACAGCGUUCCAUAAACACUUCCUGUAAAGAGAGCCCUAUUUAGGCUUUCUUUAUUGCAAGUUCUGUUUAAUUAAGAUUUUCUAAUCCCCUGCUAUGUUAAUAGCUUGCUAGACCCUGCAAGAGCCUCCUGUAUGUGAUUAAUGUUCAAUUUAGAGAUUGAGAUACAAUUAUUUAAGGUAAAUGAAAGUGAAACCAGUUUUGUUUUUUUUUUGUUUUUCAUGCAGGCUCUGUCAAUCAUAGCCAGGGAGGUGUGACUAGGGCUGCAUAAACAGAAACAAAGUGAUUUAACUCCUAAAUUACAGUGAAUUGAGCAGUGAAAUUGCAGGGGAAUGAUCUAUACACUAAAACUGCUUUAUCUAGCUAAAAUAAUUUAGGUGACUAUAGUGUUCCUUUAAGGGCUGAUCUUUUUUUUAAAUAUAAUAUAACCUCAAAUGUUACAAUACACAAGAUUACAGCUAUUUUGGAUGUAUUUUUAUGUAAGUUUUAGGACAAGGUGUUUAUAUUAAUUUUGUUUAGAUCAGAGCCCCACUUAAUGUGUUUUUGUUUCUUUGAGUUUGUCUAUGUAUGUACUAAUAAAGUUAAUUUACUCUUGAUCGUACUUGAUGGGACUGGCAUUUAUUUAUCCUGUCUAUCAUAACAUUUAACUCAAGACAUAGCUUGAAACAUUCAACGUUUCCAUUUUCUGUAAUUCUGGUAAGCUGUAUCUUUGUUUGAAUGAUGGAUUACAUCAGCUUUCUCUAUAACAGUGUUCCGUGAAUAAAGCUGACCUGUGCUGAGCUUCACCUCCUUUACACUUACUCCUUGCUCUAAAUACUAUAUUGGCUUCCAUUACAGGAAUGGGAGCAUUAGUAAUGCAAAGAUGGGUGGCUUCCGUAUGACACAGUUCAUCUUUACAGGGUGGCAGCACUAUCUGUAGUAUCACUAGGGCAAUGUACUUUUCUUUGAGACCAGUAUUCGUUUUUAAUAGAGCGUCAUUUGUGUACAGAGUAGAACUUUCUGACUACCUUUCAUGUUAAAGGCACAAAACUGACUCCUUUUGUUUAACAAUCUUUCAAUGUUUGCUUUUUACUUCCACCUCAUAUUUAUCAUAUAUCACUUACUCAGAUACACCCUGCAUCUGAUUUCUAACCAUUUUUAUUUUGUAACUUUGUUACCCCAUCACUUUUAUAUAUCAUUGGGAAUUCUCUGAGCCUUUGUAUUCCAUCCAAGUUAACCGGUUGAUCUGACUGUUGAUGAUCUCCCUGAACUGUACUUGACACGAGUGGUUUUUUUUCCUCAACCUAAGUGUGCCGUUAAUGUGGUCCUAAAACCUGUUGAGGAUCUUCAGACGAAAUACGUAUCUCUGUUAGAAUUGUCCAGUGAGGUUGGAGAAUCGGAUUUAUUCCAUUGCUCUCUACUGAACUUUAUCUAUAACAAAUGUAUUUACCUAAUACUGAAGGAGUCUGCUCUGCACUUUUCCUUUAAGAAAUUUCAAGUAGUUCAUAUGGCAUACUAGUGUACUAUUGUUGUCACCACCAUUUAACCUUUGUGCAUUGUACAUGCAACACUGUUUGUUGGAAAGUCCUGGAUAGCCUAGUCCUUAUUGUUUUAUCUUUAGCAGAUAUUUAACAGUUGCUUGCAUUUUUGUUUGUCUACUCUUAUAUACAUAUUUUGCUAACACGAUAAUAUCAUUCUGGCGCCAGCAAGUCACGUACCUGCAUGUGCGUUUGUUCAUAAGCCAUCAUAACUACAGCGAAGAAUCAGGCUUUUAAAAUCUUACACAGCUAUUUAAAUGUUGCUUUGUAUUUUUAUUACUUAUUCUUGUCUAAUUGUAUGUGUGUAUAUAACUACAACAAAGAAUCAGGUUUUGUUUACUUUGUCAUUUCUAGGUAUUGCAGCCAGGUGCUCAGUAAAGAAGUGGAUAAAUGUGCGACAUGCCUUCUUCAGGAGCUUGUGCGAUUUCAGGAUCGCAUGUAUCAGAAGGAUCCAGUGAAAGCCAAAACAAAGAGGCGUUUGGUGAUGGGUCUAAGAGAGGUUCUAAAACACCUGAAACUGGGAAAGCUAAAGUGUGUCAUAAUUUCUCCAAACUGUGAAAGGAGCCAGUUUAAAGGUAAAUAAUAAAUGUUAGAGGAAAUAAAAUCUAGUCUUGCCAAUCUGUACUCACAGUACAUUAAAAAUGAAGCAAAGUGUAUUUCCCGGGCUUGGAAAUCACCAGACUCCUCAUGGUUACCUGCAAAUAGACACAUUAAUUCACAAACUUUGUCACACAGACUAAUGGGUACUGCCUUCCUAAGUAAUUAUGAGACCUUUGGACUCCCCUGGGAAUUCUUCAAAUCCUGGGCCACCACCACACCUCUUUGGACCUCUAUCAACUAGGCUUUCACACCUACUUCUCAUCUUUCUUCUCUAUCUUGUCUCUCCUAUUACUAUUACGCAUGCUAUUAUUGACAAAGUUAUAUGUCAGCUCUUAAGUGUCUAGAAUGCCUGUGUUCAUAGUACAAAUACCUAAAGCACUGUGAAUGCUAUGUUGAAAAUCAAGAAAAGAAAAACAAACCUAUAUGAACUAUUAAAAACCAUAUAAGACAAAUAAAUAGAUAAGCAACCAAGUUCCUUUACAUAUGUGAAAAAAUUUGUUUACAUCCAUGUUGGUUACCGUAUAUUACUUUUAAUCAGAUAUACUUGAUUAGAUGAAACCAUAAAACCAAAAUGUAUACACUAUGAGCAGAGCAGUAGCCAUUGACGAGAGAUAAUCUAGCUCUGCUGAGUAGAAAUUCUCCCCCGGUGAGUGUGUCAUGUACACUCUAAGCAUGCAGUGGCAAGUAACUUUUAAGGCCUGGGCAGUAGCACAGGACUUGGAAUUUUAAGCAUGGCUAUGAGGAUAUAAUACCCUCUGCAAAUGUGUACAUGGUAUUAAGACAUGUAGCUUCACAAUAUGGGUUGCAAGCUUUUGAACCACUCUUUUGAUUGUAGUCUAAAAGCAAACUUCCAUAGAUGCUAUAUUAAAGUAGUAGUUACUUACAGGAAGAGAAUUGAGAGCAAAUGUGCUAAUUGUUUGAAUCACAAGAUAAAAAGGGGGUGGGGGUGGGGGGACUGAGCCAGAAAUGCAGAUUGUAGGUAGCAGAUUUAAUAAUACCUCUGGUAAGCCAUAACAUAAUUGGUCUGGAGAAAAAAAAAAAAAAAUUAUAGGCGUAGUAUCAGAAAUAAUCUGAAUAGACUUCAAAUAAAGCUAGUUAGGUCAUUAUACUAAAGGUUUGCCUUCUAGCCUCAGAGAACAGGUAUUACUGCUGUUCCCAGCAUUCUAUUUUAGUUUCUUGUUAUUGAUUUAAAAAAGUAACUUACAUUGUUUUUCAGUAGUUUCUAAUCGCAACUUAGCCCAGAUUGUGAAAACAAUCAGGACAUACUGGACAUUAUUCACAACUUUUAUCAAUCUCUGUAUUUAGGAAGACAGGUCCCACGUGGACAUGAAUGUGCACUGGAUUUUGGCCUCUUUUGAUGGCUCUGAGUUCAGUAAUUCAAAACCAGUCUGGUUCCAAAUUUGAAAGAAAGUAGGAGCAAUCAUUAACCAAACAAUGACUUCUACCUGCAUUUACUAAAUAUGCAAAUUUCACCAGUCAAGGUGCUGUGCAGAUUAAAGGACCACUAUAGGCACCCAGACCAGUUCAGCUCAAUGAAGUGGUCUGGGUGCCAGGUCCAUCUAGGGUUAACCCUGCCUACUGAACACAUAGCAGUUUCAGAGAAACUGCUACGUUUACAUUAGGGUUAAUGCAGCCUCUAGUGGCUGUCUCAUUGACAGCCGCUAGAGGCGCUUCCGCGCUUCUCACUGUGAUUUUCACAGUGAGAAGACGACAGCGUCCAUAGGAAAUCAUUGAUAAAUGCUUUCCUAUGGACUGACUGUGCGCGUGGCUCUUGCCGCGCAUGCACAUUCAGCGGAUGACGGAAGAGGGAGGAGAGUCCCCAGCGCCGAGGAGUGUCCCAAGCACCUUUCUCCAGAGCCCGGCGCUGGAGAAAGGUGAGUGUUUAACCCCUUCCCAAAGAUCCUACAGAGCCAGGAAAACUAUUGUUUUUCUGGCACUAUAGUGGUCAUUUAACUCACACUUGUGCCCAUUUCAUGAAUUAAAAAAAUACAAUAUCUAUGGAUCCUGGUUAAUACUGCAUCGGGGGACCCAAUUUGUUUAAUUUUAUUAAUUUAACUAUUCCUUCUGGAUGAUUUCAAUGCUUUCUCUUGCAAACAGUAGGAAUGUAUGUGUGAAAGUACAUCCUCAUAGAACACAUCAAAGCGAAUUCUUGGUGUCAAGAGUAUGUAUUUAGUAAAUAUCCAAAUUGCAAAUCUAGUGACUCUUCUUAUGUGAUCUGACAGUUACAUGGACUAGUAUCGAAACUUGUUGGGUUCUUUUUUUAAUUUUGUUUGUUAAGCAUGAGGCCAACUUUAAAAUCAGUCAAUUCUGCAAUUAAGCACAUGUUAAAACAGAUUGCCAUUAAUGAACAUUGUACACAUCUUUACAAAGGAAACUGCUAUUUUAGAGCCUGUGGUGGAUGCACUAAGAUACGUGUUUUUGUAAAAUUUUCUAAAGGGGGGGGGGGAAAAAGCUUUAUAGCCAAAGUUAAUGUGCACGUGUGUGUUAAAAUAAUGGAGAAAGAUUACAAAGCUGUACAAGCUCUGUGUGUGUCUCUUUGCUGCAGGUGGAUUGGAUGACACUCUGCAAACAAUCAUUGACUGUGCCCAGGAACAGAAUGUUCCCUGUGUAUUUGCUCUUAAUCGCAAAGCCCUGGGCCGUAGUGUGAACAAAGCUGUACCAGUGAGUGUCGUUGGGAUUUUCAGCUAUGACGGUGCCCAGGUGAGCAGCCGUUUAAAUGACAUCUUUCUAUAAUUACUGUGGACUGUAAAGGAUAUUGGCUGUUCACUACAGGCCAGGAAAAAAGGUCACUGGAUUGCCAUGACUUUAUCCCCAUUAAAGAGGAAUUGCCAAAGCUGCAAUGCACAUUCUAAUAACUAGCUAAAAGCUAGCUAUUUGUUGUGCUGCUUCUUUUUUUUUUUCCAUCCCAUUCUGGCAUUAAAUCCAAAUGUUAAAUAUUUUUGUUUUUAUUUUAAUGAUUCUCUGCACAUGGUCCAUGUAUAAGCAAAAGGAAUCACAAGAAAAUUAUGUCUGUGAUUUGGGGACAAGCAUGAACUACCUUCUGCUGCAAUCUGCACCUCACCCUCUAAGCAGGAAGAGCAAAACCAUACAGGGAAAAUGCAUAAAAAGAGUACAAAACAAUUCACAUUGCAAAAUAGUAGGUAAUGCACCUUACAUGCUUCAUUCCAACAUUGGGUACCUCUUCUACAGACCUACUGCUAGCAUCUGCCACUCAUAAUAUUAAGAGCAAAAUUAACUCGUAAUGUGAACUAGAUUUAUUUACUUUUUCUCUACCCUGAAUCUCCGGUUUAACCCUUCCUUUCAUGUGGUUAACAUGAUCAUUUCUAUUCUCCUGUCACUGUAGGAUCAUUUCCACAAAUUGUGUGAACUUACUUUUGAAGCUAGGAAACUCUAUGAAGAAGUAGCUUCUGCUAAUUUGACUUAUGCUGAUACACCCGAGACUGAUCCUGAACCCAGUCAGGAACCACAGCAAAUGUCUGAUGGACUGAGCAUGCAGUCGCCUCCAGACGAAGAGGAUGAUGAGCCACAAUAUAGUGAGUAUGGAAUGAAUUAUGUGCUGAAAACAACAUAAACUUUUAUUUUAGGACUAAUGUAAGCAGAGGUCCUUUAUAAACUCAGAAAAAAUGGAUAAAGCCGCCUUUUUUCAUAUGGAGGUGAUCUGGCAAUCCAAAAAUAAGGAUAAAUAAUUGUAAUCACUUAAUUCAAGUGAAGUAGACAUGUGGCUUGGACAUACAGGGGAGCUAUAAAAAUCACCACUUGGGUGUUCCAUGCCUCACCGUCACUUCAGUCAGAAUCAGAGACGUCUUCUCUUUUGAUUUUCACAAACUGCAUUUUGGCACUUUUUAACCCUGUCACUGGUAAUCUGCCUUCAGUUGCAGAUGACUAUGACUGAACUAGUACUGCAUGCUUAUCCAUUUUACAACUGCACAACUGAUCCUCGUGGUCACUUAUUUUAAGUAAUUUUUAAUUAAUCAUCCAGCCUACCCAAACUGCAGACCUGUUACCAAAAACCUUGCUGGUUAAUUUAUAUCAUGCCAUGCCAAUUCAUAUAGUAUGAUCUAAGGCUACAUAACUAAAGGUGGGUUAAACGCAAAGGCUUCAUUUCUUUUUUUGAUUUUGUAUUCUUCCUGUUUCAGUGAAGGUAUGGAGACAGAUGAGAGAAGAUGGUUGUUCGCCUUACAACAUGUUUGAAGAGAGAGUUAUUACCAACUUAUUCAAUUUGCAUUUGUGACAUCAGAGCCCACUCGUGAGGCAAUACUUGGAUGGAAUACGAAUCAAUGACCACUCAAUAUAUCAUGGGACUCGUUUGCAACAAUCAAAGAGACACUUCAGGAAAGGCUUUAUUUUUACUUUUGUCUUAAAUGGUUAGUCCUUUUUUAUUUUAUUUUUCUGACAGCCUUUUCUGUUUAAAUUUUUGAGAUAUUCCAAAACAAGUGGAAUUAAAAAAAAAUAUAUAUAUAUACCAAGAAUACUCCGCUGAACAUAAUUGCACUAUAUUGAUGUAUUAACACAAUACAUACAAAAUACAGCCUACUACAAUUUUUACAGUUAUCAGUUAGAUUUUCAUCAAGAAUUGUAUUAUAGACAAUCAUUUCUGUAUAUGAGAAAUAAAGUAAAUACUAUGAGAACAAAUCUAAACUUAUUUUGGAGUGUGCAAGUAUACAACAAUCAUUUUUGGACGAUGAAGUUAAAACACAAGAAUGAAAGAAAAAACACAAACAAAGCUAAUUACAAGACUAUUCAUGGAAGAUGAUCCUCUACUUUCCAUAACUAUACAAUGAAAGAUAUCUGGAUCUACAUGAGCAUUUACCUUUAAACAUUACUCAUAAUAUCUAUAUAGAAAUAUGUGAAGGCUGGAAAGUUUCAGGAAAUGAAUGAACAUGUCAAAAACAUAAAUAUAUAUGAAAAAUUCAUGUGUAAUUGGAGAAUCCAUAAAUGGCAAUCACAGAGUGGUAUACGAUUAAUUCUGUGCACAUUUUUUUAUAUAUAUAUAUAUAUAUAUAUUAUAUCUCUCUAUCUAUCUCAUUCAUAAAUUGCAAGGAUAUACCUGAAUCAGAACUUGAG